GCGCUGAACUUUGUCCCUUUCCUGGGAGCUGAGUCGGGAGCUUUCGGGGCGGGGGAAGCGGGAAACUGUUCCCCUCCAAGCCUGAGGCGCGCGGCUUGGGGGGCGCUGUGCGCUUCUCCUUCCUCGCCGCAGUCGGGAGAGGAGUUUCCUUGAAAGAGAAACCGAAGAGGGCCUGGCAGGGGCGGCGUCAGUUAAAAGUACACAGGGGAAGCAGGAGCGGGGCGAGGCGGGCCGGCCUGGCCGGGGCGGGGCGCUGGUGGCGGCUCCUCCUUCUCCGCGGUUGCCUGAGGCGCCUGACGGCAGCGUGGAGCAACAGUCUGGAGCGACCCAUAUGGGCCGACCGGGCUCUCGGAGCAGGCGAGCGUCGGUCUGACGGGGCGCGGGGCUGGCCAUGCUCGCCCGCGUGCGGCGGCGGCUCCAGCCCUCCGGCGCGCCCUUCCCCGCGAAGAAGCCCGCCAGCGCGGGCUCUCCUGCUCCCCGGCCGCGCCGCUUGCCGUCUUCGUGGCGCGCCCACACAGUUGCUGGGCUGCGAGCGGCGGCUGUGGCAGCAGCAGCAGCAGCAGCUCCAGCUCGUUCUCCUCCUCCAUGGAGCCCCGAGGCUCCCGCGAGGGCAGUAGCGGCGACGGCAGCCCGGAGCUGGGCCGGGGCAAGCGGCUGAGCGUCGGCGAGCUGCGCUCGCUCUUCGAGGCGCGCUGCGCGGCCCCCAGCAGGCAGCUGCCCGAGCCGCCCAAGAAGAGCUGCCGGCCGCGCAACGGGGUGCUGCCGCCGGUGAUCCCGCAGCUGACCGUCACCCCCGAGGACGACGCCGAUGAGGCGCAGCGCAGCCCGGCCGGGCGCCCGCGGACGGAGCCCGACGGCGCCUGGCUCAGCGCGGACCUGCUGUCGUCGUCGCGCCGCCUGUCCACGUCGUCGCUCUCCUCCACCGGGUCGUCGUCGCUCUUCGAGGACUCCGAGGAUGACCUGCUCAGCGACACGGAGAGCAGGAGCCAAGGCAUCGUCCACCUGGAGCAUGGCGAGGAAACGCACCAGGUACGGACAGCCCGGCACGGGACCAGGAGGAGGAAGGGGCGCCGUGGCGGAGGCGCGGAGAGGCUGCCCGGGUGUCGGGCACAGGCGCUGCGCACGUGCGGGACCGGCUGCCUUCCUGGCAGUGGCGCCCCGUCGUCAAGAGUUUAGUUGCCUCGGAAAGCUCAAAUCGACGAGUUAAUCCGUAGCGCCGCGCUUUGGCACUGGGCCUUCUGAAGCCUGGAACGAGGUUCCUUCGCAGGUUGCACGGUUCCGACAGGCAGCGCAAUCUUAGACACUCAGCGCAGUCUUAGGCUACUCAGAAGGAAGCCCCACUGGGACUUGCUCCUAGGUAUGUGUGCAUAGGAUUACGGCCUCACAGUGUAACUCUUAUGCAUGUUUACUCUGGAGUAAGCCCUUCUUUGGUCUGUGUCCAGUGGCGGAUGGCUUCCGGCUAAGUGUGCUUGCCUUAUACAGUACACUUGCAGCUUUGCUGUGAAAUAAAUGCUUUGUGUGCAUAAGAAAAAGGCUACAUGAAGCUUACCUGUUGUGUAGAAGUUUGAUAAUUUCGCAUGUGGGCUUUUUUCUCUGUGUGCGCAUGCCGUUCCAUCAGUAGAUACAGGGGAAACCUGCAGGCAAGGUAAAUUCCAUAAGGAAAGUGCAUAUGGGUUUUAUAGUGGUGCCUUCUAGGCAGGAAUAACUUGUAAAGCGGCAGUGACAUUGAUCUCAUAUGAGUACAGUGUUGUUUACUUUUGUUAAAGACACCUCCAGCAGAUGGAAAACACUGUAUAAGUGAUAGAUUUGUAGGCCUGUAGGCACAGCCUCUGCUGUGAAUACAGCAUAAUGGGCAGUAUGAUCAUAUGCAUGUACAUCUGUAUAUGUAAUAUCCUGGAUUUCUGCAAUAAUAGCAUUGCCUCCCCUCCCACUCUGUUUCUUUUUUUGAGAUGCUAGGAUCACUGUGUGUAAGCUAAGAUUUAACCAGUGCAAUCUGGUCCUUAACUGCAGGCUGAAUAACUCUGUGAGGCACAUAAGUUUAUAUUGUGAUGUUUCACCAACAGAAAUUGUUCACUGCUUCUGUUUUGUAUCCAGCUAAGACUGCGAAUAAUACUAAAGCAAAGUCUUCCGUUCUGUGAACAGACCAGUGGUCUAUCCUAGCUUUAAAAAUGAAAGUGUACAACAAACAGGUCAAUUUGGGAGUGAUAAGACUCUCUCUCCCCCAUUGUCUUGCCUUCCAGCAAUGUUGGUUCAGAGCACCUGUUAAUCCAGGACUUUCUGUAGUAUGUAACAAGUAUUAGUGUGGGAGCAUUUGUCAGUGGACAAAUAUGGUGGGUGCCUCACAUGUGGCUUCUUCACAGAACUGAAUGUUUUAAGGCAGUGGAUGGUUUAAUGCCUAUCAAGGGGGUUCAUCACUCUCAAGCCAAGCAUGUAAAAAAUUGUAAUAUUUCAGAUAUGGGAAUGUUAUAAUUCAGAUGGUGAUUCUUGAAUGUUUCAAGUCAGUAUGAUUACUUGCCAGUGUUUCCAUGAAAACCUGAGAACUAGAAUAGAUGGGUCUAUUGAGUUCUGCGGUGCUUUGCCAGGGGUGGGUGUAUAAUGCAGCUUGCAGUUGCAUGUUUCCAAGUAUAGAGUCUUGAACUGAGAGUGAAAUCGGGAUCCUCUGUGUGUCUGAGAGCGCAUUUCUAGCUUUAAAGGCUGUAAAAGAUUCGGAAAAUACGUAUACUAUAUAAUUCUGUUAGCUUUGUUAGCAAAAGUUGUCCUGCGGAGGUCUUCCUCCUUGCACUUCCUUGUUAUCAAAUUGAAAAGAAAAUGAAAUAGUAAUGGAGGAGUGGGUGGAAAGCUUCACAGAUAAGCCUGAAGUUGUAUGACAGUUGCUGGUGAAAUCCCAGCAACCAGAGGGGGGUGGAAGCAGGAUUUCCACUGUUCGUGGCUGCCGUACCUUCCCUAUGACUUUGUCUCUUCCCAUCACUAGCAGACAUAGAAUGAAGUAUGUUGUAAACCAUUGGUUCAGUUUAUGUAAUAUAUUUUUCUUGCACACCGCCACCAUGUGCAUCCUAGGGUUGCGUUUGAAUAUCAUGACAUGUGAAUGGUGCAAUUAUGGAUAAUGUUGGCAGCAAUACCAGCGAUUACUACAGCACUUUUCAUGAGUUCCACAAUCUUGGGUAUUGCUGCCAGCUUUAUUAGUGAAAUGAUUGUUUGUUUGGAAUACAUAUUUUGGCUUACGAAACCAAGAUAUGAGCAAGCCUUUGUGCUUAUACACCUUGUCUUUGCACUGCAGCUUCCAUCCUUCUGUCGUAGUUGACUAUUUCGUGGGAUAAUUACGUAACCAUUGCUUCCUAUUAAACAUCUGAACUGGGAAACUAUGGCUAAUAAACUCGGAACAAACCAUGGCUUGAAAUCACAGUUUGAAGUUGGUUUCAUAUCUUGACUUGUUCCAAACUUCAUUAAUGUUGUUUUGUUACAUCUUAACAGGAAACUAUAGUUAAUUAACACAGGGAAUUUUCAAUCAUGGCAUGCCAAGAAGGGAAGAGGGAAGGAGCAGUUCAUAGACGGAGCAUACAGGCACAAGGUUGGUCUGUAUCUCAGUUAAAUAUAUGUAUGAGCUGGAGCUAAGUUUUGAUAUGCUAGUGUAUAUCCAAGGAAAGCUGCAGAGGAUAUAAUGUUCAGCCAAACCAUGGCUUAGCACAAAUGUGCAAGCAUAAAAGUUCUCAGAGGUGACCCUGGUUCUUCUGCUGCUGCUCGGCUGCAAUGAAACCAUGGUUAGGCUUAGCAUGUUGUCCAAGCCAGGACUCAGGGUUUGUCUGAGGCAAUCUCAGGUUCAGAUGAAAUGACAUGGCUGAGUUUAUAGCAGCGAAGCAGCAGGAAGACCAAAAGAGGAGCAAAACAACUGCAGUUUCCUCUCUGGGAGCAGCCUGCAAGCUUGCAUGUUUGCCAAAGGUGGUACCUCGGUAUAGUGGUACCUCGGGUUACAAACACCUCGGGUUACAAACACUUUGGGUUACAGACUCCGCUAACCUGGAAGUAGUACCUCGGGUUAAGAACUUUACCUCAGGAUGAGAACAGAAAUUGCGUGGCGGCAGCGGGAGGCCCCAUUAGCUAAAGUGGUACCUUAGGUUAAGAACGGUUUCAGGUUAAGAAAGGACCUCUGGAACAAAUUAAUUUCGUAACCAGAGGUACUACUGUACAUGUGAACUCGACCAUUAUUGUGUGAACAGGUCUUUGUGAUCCCAAGUAUACUUAGAAUUCUCCCUAACACUGGAUUGAGUUCAGAGGAGUUUACUCCCAAAUAUAUUGGCUUAAGUUGGAGGCCUGGUACUGUUAUCCUGUGUGUAACUGCCUGAGAACAUUCUAUUUCUUUCAGUGAAAGUUGAGUGCAUUGAGGUUUAAAAUACCACAGUGCAGUCUUAUAGUGCAUUUUCUUGGAGAUAAACUCUGUUGAAAUCAAUAGAAAUUGGUCCAAAACAAAACUGCAAUCCUAGGCUACCCUGCUUCCUGUUGGUUUCUGCUUUCCUUCACUGAGCAGCAACUGCAGUCACAAGACAGGUGUUUACAUUCCACAGUCUGUACUGUUGGAGUUUCUCACGGGAAAGGGAGACUGGAUGUGACGUACACUGGUUUCCUGUUUUUUCACUCUGUGAUUCUCUCCGAGCUGAGAGAGGAGAGAGGAUGCUUUUUCUGCUCCUGCAGAGGCAAGAUGUCUUUCUGUAAUAUACCAGCUUUGAACUGUAAAUAAAGCAAUAUAGAGUAUGUAACACAUUUUCCUCAUCCUUCCGCUGGCCACCAAGACUCUGCUUUAAAUCAACACGUGGUUAUGGACUCCAGAGGUCGAAUCGGAGUGCCGGCAGAGGAUCGGAAUGCAGAGGGAGGACAGAUCGGAACGGAAUCUGCUCUGCGCGUAGAAGUGAUUGAUGAGGUAUGUGCUACUGCUCCGGGCAGCCUGCCAGCUUCAAGUUAAUGGCUUUAUGGCUGGACUUUGAACUUUUAAAGCCGGUUUUGCCGGGAAUAGGCAAAAGGCUCCCAGGCACAAGUCACUAUGCUGGGGAAAUCGAAAGUAACUUUUAAGUGUGCCUUUGUAAUGAGGCAGCUGCAGCAGUGACGCAGCAAGAUUUAAAGCAGCAUAGAUAUGACGCUGAAGGCUAAUGCCAGAGUCAUGAUGGCCCUUCAGGAUGCUUGUGGGAUUCCUAAGCUCAACAAGAAGAAUUACAGCGACUGGGUUCAGUAUGCAGAGGCAAUUCUGCGGAAAGAGGGUUUGUUUGAGGUGAUUACAGAAACCCCCCCAGUUCCAGUUACAGAUGCAUGGGAAGCUAAGGAUUCCAACGCAAGGGAACUCUUACAUUGAUAGUAUCCCCAGAAGAGCUCUGUCUAUUGCGUGAUAAGACCUCAGCCAGAGAAAUUUGGGACGCUCUGAGAGAGGCUCACUUAAGGACAGAAGCUGGAUCCACUAUGUUUUAUUUUAACAAGCUGCAUAAUAUGGCUCUUGCUGAAGGUGGAGAUGUGCGUUUACAUCUAAUGGAGAUGCAAAAUCUGAGACAUGAGCUGCAACAGAGAGGACUCAACUUUCCAGAGGCUGUGUAUUCUUUCAUGAUACUACAAUCUUUGGGUUCAGGUUGGGAGUCUGUUGCAACCCAGAUUGCUGUGCAACCAACUGCUCAGCUGACAGUGGACUUUGUUACUGCCGUGAUUUUAAAUGAAGCAGAUCGCCGGGGUGCUAGCUGCAUGGGCAAGGAGAGUCUUCACAGACGUCAUCCCAUAGUGCAGUGGAACCACCAGAUGGCGCCAAAGCUUUGAAGGCAGUGAAAUGCUACUCGUGUGGACGUCUAGGCCAUAUGAAGAGGGAAUGCAGACAUCCCAGGGCCAAGACAGAGCAGCGCAGCGAAAGCUCAUCGCGCGGAAAAGGCCGAGGCAAAGGCAAAGGUCCGGUGUCUAGGACAACGCAGCACAAGGCUAUGGUUUCACGCUUCACUCCAAAGGUUGCAGAGGUCCAGAAGACGUCUAGAUCUUUCUUCGUUGUUGAUUCAGCGGCCACCCACCACAUGUGCAACGAUAAGAAACUGUUUGUGUCUUUUACACCGCAGGAAGGUGCGAUUCACCAGGCGGAUGACCACACUAUUCCCAGUAAAGGCUACGGAACUGUUGUUCUUCACAGUUUGGACUUAUCGAUACAGAAUGUGCUUUACGUGCCAGACGCCAAACAUAAUCUGCUCAGCGUUGGACAGCUGAAUGAGCGGAACAUUGACGUUUCCUUCAAGAACAAGAAGUGCAUCAUCACAAAGAAAAAUGAUUAUGUAUUGCAUGCAGAAUAUGUUGAUCAUUUGUUUGUUUUGUAUUAUGAUGAUGUGGUGCAGGAUGACACUUGUUGCAUUGCAGGUUCUAACAAAAGUUUGCAUGCAGAAUGUAUUCACGAUUUUCAUCGCAAAUUUGGUCAUUUGCAUUUUGAGGCAGUAUCUAAAAUGCCUGCCUUGGUUGAAGGUAUGACUAUUAAACCCUGCAGGUACCACAUGAAGUGCAAAGCAUGCGCAGCAAACAAAGUGAAAAUGGCUGCGAAAGGUAAGGUGUCUAGUAGGAAAGCUACAGAACCAUACCAGGUUGUUCAUGCUGAUUUGGUUGGACCACUAUCGCCCUCUUUGGGUGGAAAUAGGUACUUCAUGGUUCUCAUUGAUGCAUUUUCUAGAUAUAUUUUUGUGUACAAUCUCAAGCAGAAAUCGGAGGCUUUUCCUAGGUUCAAGGAAUUCUGUGCUUGGUUGGAAAAUGUGCAUGGUAAGAAGAUAAAGACUCUUUUCAGUGAUCGCGGGGAAUUCACUUCUCAGCAGUUUGAAGCUUUUCUGACUGAGAAAGGAAUUCAACACGAUUUGUCUAGUCCUCGCUCGCCAUGGCAGAAUGGACUUGCGGAACGGGCAAAUCAGACAUUGCUUCAAGGGUUAAAGACCUUGCUGCAUGAUGCCAAUCUUCCAGAGAGUUAUUGGGCCGAAUCUCUCUCGUGUUUUGUUUACAGUUACAAUCGCAGGCUAUCUUCAGCGAUUGGUUGUACCCCCUAUGAGAAGAUGUUUGGCAAGAAGCCAUACAUCAAACACAUGAAGAUUUUUGGUUCUGACAUGUGGGUUCACUCACCACAAAACUCCAAGUUAGACAAGCGUGGAUUGCAUGGUAUCUUUCUAGGUUAUCAGAAAGGGUCUUACAGAAUAAUGAUGACUGACUCUAAGACAAUUAAGCUCACGAGAAGUGUUGAGUACAAUGCAAAGUGGGGGAGAAUGUGGGAAUUUUCCAAUGUUAUCCUGAUGACGGUGAUGAGACUGAGGAUAGUCAAAAGCAACCACAACAGCCCACACCCACUGAUGAAGGUUCUGAGUCUGAAUCUGAAACUGAAUCGGGUGAUUCAGAGGAUUUCGAGAGUGCGAAAGCCUCUAUGCGACCCUCUGAAAGCUCUGAUCAAGAAUUGGAGGAACCAUUGUUCACAAUAGGUCGUUUUUCUCCUAAGAAGGAAGAGGAGAGUGUUGAAGACUUAAGGAUAAUUCGUAGGUCACAGAGAGCCACAAAAGGCAAACCUCCAAAGAGAUUUGCUGAUGAGUUUGCUAAGAUAGCAGUAACAGCUGUUAAAAGCUCCAAGAAGGUAUUUGAACCUUCAAGUUUCCAAGAAAUCCAGGGUUUGGAUUCAAAGGAAGCUGAGCCAUGGUUAAAUGCCAUGAAGGCUGAGCUUGAUUCCUUAGAAAGGAACAAAACAUGGGAGCUAGUUCCAGUAGUUCCAGGAAUGAAACUGCUUGGAAGCAAAUGGGUCUUCAAAGCGAAGACAGAUCAAAAUGGCAAGAUAGUCAGACACAAAGCCAGAUUGGUAGCCAGAGGUUUUGCACAGGUACCAGGUGAAGACUAUCACGAGACCUAUUCACCCACAGUGAGAUAUGAAAGCAUUAGGCUUAUGCUCAAGCUAGCUGCAGAGGAAAAUCUACACAUUAGUCACCAUGAUAUUAAUACAGCUUUUCUGUACGGAUCUCUAGAUGAAUCACUUUAUAUGCUUCCACCUGAUGGCGUACAGGUAAAACAGGGAUUUGUUUGUGCUCUGAAGAAAUCCCUUUAUGGUCUCAAACAAAGUGCACGGUGUUGGCACACAAAACUCACUGAAGUAUUGUUUUCUCUAGGUUUUCAGCAAGGGAAAGCUGAUCCAUGUGUAUUUGUCAAAGAGGAGGGGCAAAAGAAACUGUACUGUUUGUUUUAUGUUGAUGAUUUAUUAUUCUUUUGGAAAGAUGUUGCAAUGUACAAUAGCGCCCUAGCUCAACUGAAAGAGCACUUUGACAUGAAAGAUCUUGGUGAGGUAAACAACUACCUAUCUCUGGAAAUAGAGAGAGAUCAAGAUGGUAACAUUCUAGUACACCAGUCACGGAAAAUUGCUGAUGUGUUAAGCAAACUAAAUCUGAUGGAUGCUAACCCUGUAGACACACCGAUGACAACAGGUUAUCAGGUAGAUGACACUGAAGAAGCAUUUUCUGACACUACACUGUACAGGAGUGUGCUAGGCAAGCUAAACUUCAUUGCCAGAUGUUCAAGACCAGACAUUGCUGUUAGCUGUAAUUUGCUAAGCAGACAAGUCAACAAUCCUAGUGUCAAGGAUUGGAAAGCUCUGAAACGCAUAGCGCGGUAUUUGAAAGGCACUAUGCAUUACAGACUGAGAUUUAACAAUCAGAAGUCUGGUGGUCUUGAGAUAUUUGCAGAUGCAAGUUUUGGAAGUGACGCUACAGACAGGAAAAGUACGUCUGGAGUUUGCUACAUGUACAAUCAGAGUCUGUUUGAUUGGUCAUGCAAGAAGCAAACAACAGUUAGCUUAAGUACUUGUGAAGCUGAACUGAAUGCACUGUCUUAUUCACUUAAGGAUUGUGAAUGGUUAGUACAAUUGUGCAAAGAUAUGAAAAUUCCUGUCAAAUGUCCAAUCCAGGUUUACCAGGACAACAAAGCAUGUUUGGCUUUGCUGAAGUCUGAAGGUUGUAAGCAAAGCACAAAGCACUUGCAAUUAAAGUUGCAGCAUGCUAGGGAAUGUAUUCAGAAGGGACUCGUAACGGUGUCCUAUAUGCCAGGUAAUGAAAUUCCUGCUGAUGUAUUGUCCAAGAUUGUAUCGAGGGAUCAACACUGUACCUAUGUGCAGAAGUUGGGUUUGUACUGAUAUUGUGCAAACACGCUGCCCAGUGAUGUUCACAGAAAGGGGGAGGAUGUUGGUUUCUAUUUCCUUCACUGAGCAGCAACUGCAGUCACAAGACAGGUGUUUACAUUCCACAGUCUGUACUGUUGGAGUUUCUCACGGGAAAGGGAGACUGGAUGUGACGUACACUGGUUUCCUGUUUUUUCACUCUGUGAUUCUCUCCGAGCUGAGAGAGGAGAGAGGAUGCAUUUUCUGCUCUCACAGAGAGGCAAGAUGUCUUUCUGUAAUAUACCAGCUUUGAACUGUAAAUAAAGCUAUAUGGAGUAUGGAGCACGUAUUACUCAUCCUUCCGCUGGCCAACAAGACUCUGCUUAAAUCAACACUUCCUUGGGAGUAAGGCCUGUUGAAUUCAGUAAGACUUCUGAAUAGGCAGGAUUUGGAUUACACAGUAAAUGCAUGUAGAUUUGGUAGUGAUAAUGCUUCUAGAAAUGUACAAACUGAUAAGGGCAUAUGGAAGAAUGAGGACACUAUGCUAGAUGGCAGUUCAUGUUGGUGAUUAAUUCUGUCCUAUGGUCGGUUUGGUUCAGAAGUGUCGUAUGCUGUAGCAGCUGUACAGGCUUUUAAAGGGGGGCAGUGCCUAGCAUUUUAUAAAGUGCUUUAAAGUGUUCCACUGCUUCACCUGCAAUAUUUCUGUGAUCCUCACUACAUUCUUAUAAGGUGGGCCAAUAUCAUUACUGUUAGAGCGACAAUUUUUAGGCACACCUAAACCCAUGGAUUUCUGGUAUAUGCAUUUUCUGCAUAUGGAUUGCGUUACUAGCUGAAGUCUUUGAUACCCCCUUCCUUCCACCCCUUCAUAACUUAGGUUUGUGUGAAAGUAGACAGACAGGCCCAGGUGAGCUUAAAUUCUCAUACUUUUGUUAAAUUAACUUUUGAGGCAGUUCAAAUUGAAGCACAUCAUGCCUUCUAUAUAGGAUAUUUGCCCUGCAGGUGUGUGAACGGGUUCAUCCACCGUCACUUUAUGAUUUAUGUUCACUGGAACUGUUGCAGGGUUUUUGCUCUGAUGUGAGCGUUGUCUUUCCAACAUAUUUUCUGUUUUGGGUAAACUGUUAGUCGGCUUUGAUCAAAUAAUUCUAAGUCAUCUUGUCAGUGUGGCAAGGAGAGAGCGUGGAUUGGUUUAUACAUAAUGCCGUAAUACAUAAAAAAUUCUGACCAGCACUACAGCCAGUUUAGUGGUCCUAGAUAUAAACAAAUAUUUAGGGGAUAUUCAGGAGGCAGGUGCCAACAGUUUCUUUGUAAUUAUAGCUUUCCCUCUCUUGAAGCUUUACAAUCUAUUUAUUUGCUUUUUUAACUGGACAUAUUUCAAAUAUUAUUAUAAUUACUUUAUUUUUUAUGACAUUUUUCAAAGGUGUUAACCAGCAGGCAUUUCAUUCCCACCCACUUUUUGACUCGAUACCAGUUUUAAAACUGCUUCUUGCUGUGUGUGUGACUGGGGAUUGGGAGGUGUUUGGAAUGAUUAGCAAGCAUACCGCUGUCCACUUUGGCAAUAAUUCGUUCUUUCCAGUAAAUCUGUUCUGCAAUUUGGCAGGUGCUCAUUAACAUAAAGUCUUCUUCUUUUUUUUUUUUUUAAAAGGAAAGUAAGUUGUUUUUCAUGGCAUUUAUGGCAGCUAUUUUCCUUAGUUCUUAUCACGGUUUUCUGGAGGAACUCGAACUGAAAUCUGUUUUCCUUUGCAAAUUCCUUUUCCUACCAUAUUGAGAGCACACUGUUAAUAAUAGACAACUCAGUCAUUUGAGCAAUUGGCACGGAAUCUUUUCUAAGGAAAACAACACUUUAAAAAAAAAAGGGGGAAUUGGAAUGAUGAAUUGGAAUAUGUUGAUAAAGCGUAGAUACCACAAACUGGAGUAAUACUCUCGGGACUGCAUUAUAAGAACAACAACAGUCAAGUGAUUAGAGGAGACGAGUCAUUCGACCUUUGGGCUGCUUUUAAUCCAUAUGCUCAUAGUCUUGUGGGUUUAGUUUUGCAGUUUUAUGUGCUUUUUUAAAUUGGGUCUAUAAAAUGAGCUGAAAUCAACUCUCUUUUUUAAUAGGGAUGUUGCAAUGCCGGAUUACUUUGUCUUAAUAUUUUUGCUUUAUGUACCUUAGUGGGAGCUAGGCAUAUGUAUAAUUAAAAUGUACCGUAUUUUUUGCUCUAUAAGACUCACUUUUCCCCUCCUAAAAAGUAAGGGGAAAUGUGUGUGCAUCUUAUGGAGCAAAUGCAGGCUGUGCAGCUAUCCCAGAAGCCAGAACAGCAAGAGGGAUUGCUGCUUUCACUGUGCAGCGAUCCCUUUUGCUGUUCUGGCUUCUGAGAUUCAGAAUAUUUUUUUUCUUGUUUUCCUCCUCCAAAAACUAGGUGUGUCUUGUGGUCUGGUGCGUCUUAUAGAGCGAAAAAUACGGUAUUUAUCCUACUUCUCAGUCCAGAGAUCCCCUCCAAAGUGGCUAUCAAUAAAGCAAUUAUAUAAUUAAUGAAAACAAGCACACCCACCCACACCCUCCCAGGCCACAAGAAGUGAUUGUAAAGCAGUAUCAGUUUACAUAUAGCCCAAAUGCUGUUGGAAUAGAUACAGGAAGCAAAGCUAUUAUAAAAAGCCACUUUGCAUGCUGUUUGUUUACCUGUGACCACAGAAAGGUGGAGAUUUUGUAUGGUAUUUCAAGUGUCUUGUUAGGCCAUUGGCAAAACAUGUACAGAAAUGUGGCUUGGAUCAGUGUCAGAUAAUUGUAGGGUUCCAAGCUUUUCUUUUAGCAGAACUGAAAAAACUGGAUUGAGUUUUCAUUCAGGCUGUCAGUCUGAUCAGCAUUAGGGAUGUGUAUUCAGGAUGGUACAUGAGGGCCAAACUAAAUGUGUCGUGGAAGGUCUGUGAAUAGGAUUUUCUAAUGGUUAACAACAGCUGCAGCAAGACCCAAUUGAGACAGCAGUGUUAAGGCACCCAUAGGUUUCCCCGGGAAGGUAGGGGCGGGACGGAUGGACACAAAUAGCAGCAGGGAUGGGGCAGCAAUUUUCAUUGUAGAAAUUGUAUGCAUGGCAUUCACCUCCUGUGGCUGCUUCUAAUCCUUUAAAUGCUAUGGGAGUUUCUAGCAUUCAAUUGUAGAGUUGGAUGGGACCCUGGGUCCCCUAGUCCAGCCCCCCUACAAUACAAGAAUCAGGAUGGGGUUUGAGGGGUUUUUUUUAAGCACACAUCCAUAUUCACCCCUAGACAGGAGAGGGAGAUGCCCCUGCCUCAGUUCCUGGAAGUGAAUCACAAGUGUUUGUAGAUCCCCAGAUGUUGUUGGACUACAACUCCCAUAAUCCCUGAGGUCUGGCCUUGCUAGCUAGGGGUGAUGGGAGUUGUAGUUCAACAACAUCUGGGGAUCCACAGGUUGAGAAAGGCUGCUCUACAGCAGUGGUUCACAGUGAGCUAAGUACUGUGGACCAAGCCAUGGACCCUCUACUUUUGAAAAUGUUGAUAUCUUUUUACACACUGAGCUUCUCAGGUAGACUGAAAGGGGAGUAAAGGCUUGAUUACCUAGUUUCUCCCAGGGUGAGCAAAACCCAGCAGGACAGCUUACUUUAUGGUCUUAACUCCUUCAUGUGUUAGACUUAAGUAUGUUGUUUAUAUGAGGCUGGUUAUCCCACAAAGAUCUUUUCUUGGGGGGGGGGGGCUUUAUACUCUGAAUAUGUUUUACUUUGUGCUGUUGUUGAGUUUAGAUUCUUGAGGUUUUAACUUUCAGCAGUUUAAGUUUAAAAUAUUGUAUAUUUUAUUGUUGUAAACUGCUUUGAGAUGAAUAGUGAGAUAUAAUAUGUGUAUGUAUGUAUGUAUAUAUAUGUGUGUGUGUAUACUACUACUACUACUACUACUAAUAAUUGGCACCUGUGAGUCUUGAGAGACAAUGGAGUGUGCCUUUGUGGGUGGAAGUCAAACCACUGCCUUUGCAGCACUGAAGUGACUUCCCCAAGUUGCAAACCUAGCAUUGUGUAUGGAGAUUCUGGGCUACCCAGACGACAAGACCCCCCUCUCGGCCUUACUGAUAUGGUCCAAAGGAAAGCAGAGCAAUAUGUUAGGCAUCAGCUUGACUGCAGGAGUAGCCUGAAAGAGGCAUGCAAGACACGUACACGUGUGUGUGUGUGUUCAUUCUACCUAAUCAACCGUUCCCUCAAAGUAGGAAUCACAUUACUCCUGCAGUGUGUAACAGCUAGAACCCUAGAACCCAGUCAGCAAAAUCCACACCAUGUGGAUACAUAGAAGUGAGCCAUUCAUAAUCCAGCAAAAUUAUCAAGCCAUAUGGAAGGAGACACAUAUCAAUCACAAUUUGGCACAUAUAAAUUUUCAAUAAUAAUUAAUUGGAAGACUAUCUCACAAAAUAUGCAUAAAGUUAGCUUUAUUAUAUUAGCCAUCACCAGCGCCUGUCAUCAGUUUCCAGAGAGAUGACUUAGUUGGCGAAGUGUCAAAGGGUAUAAUACUUCAUAAUGAGUUUCUCUGAUAUUGAUACAAGAUGAGUAUGCCAAACUCUGUGAAAGCAUUUUAUUCCACACUCGUGAUUGAAUAGGAUAAAACCAUUGAAAAGAGCUUAAUCAGUUAUAGUAGUCAAAGGGGGGGGGGCUGUCUUGACAUGUGUAAUAUUGUAUAUUAUAACAUACAAGACUCAUUUGUUAUAACUUCUGGUCCAGUCUUGAGACCUCACCAACCAAUUUAAAAAUUAUCACUAUAAAUGAGUGUCAAUAAUAUAGAUCAACUGCUGUCCUUAUAAAACAAUCUGUCCUUUAUAAAACGAGUCAGAUGAGACUGAAUAUGAAUAUAGUCUGAAAUAAUCUUGUUUAAUCUUUUUGCACAGACAGCUGCUAAAUUUUGUAAUCUUGGUUUAAAAGUGGUAUCGGAUGAUACGGUGAGGUCAGUGGUGGAUUUUUACCUUUUUUGCAUAUUAAUAUAAUCCAUGCCUCAUUCCUAUGAUAACAGUGAAUGGUUUCAGAAUAAAUGGUUUGACAGUUGCCACCUUAGCUUUUUCAAAGCAUAAAACAAAUACACUUCAAACCAUGGAUUAUGAAGCUCGUUUGUUUCAAUAAAUCAUAGUUAAGAUGAAUCACCUUUCAAGGUUUGCACAUAACGCUAAACUAUGGUUAACUGAAGAAAUAUUUUAUUUAUACAUUUAACAUAAUUUAUAUACCUCUACUAGAACAAAAGAUAUCUAAGUGGUCUUCUGUUUGCCUUGAGGUUACGCCAAAGGAGUGGGGAGGCUUGACUGCACAAGACCAAGACUCAUUCACUUAACAUCAAACCAUGGGUGUGAUAAUGUGCGUUCAGUGUGGGAUGCAGGCACCUUUUUGGGAUGCUAUAUGCACAGGGUCAUCCCCAUGUUGCUCCUAUUCCACACUAUUUGUCAGCCUACAAUGCAUUCUGCUAGAACAGUUUUAGUGUAUUUUUGGUCUCUGUGGAAGCUGCCCAGAGUGGCUGGGGAACAAAUAAAUUAUUAUUAUUAUUAUUAUUAAAGUGCUUGCUGCAUACAUGUGUAUACACAGAGAGAGCACUUCCUCAGGUCAUCUCUUACUGGAGCAGAGCUACUGAUGUUGCCUGGCUGUGUCACUCCACUCGCCCUGUUUAACUUGUCUAUGAGUGAAAUAGGAAACAGUACAGUAACUUACCUGCCUCUGUGUACCAAUAUAUUUCCUUUGUAUAUCAGUAUAGCAACACACCUCUGUUUUGAAAGACAGGGCAAAUAUUUUAAAAACCAAAUCUCUGGAAACAUUUAUUGUGAGGAAGGGAAAAGAGAAGUCUGUUGCACAGUAGUGUGAAAAACAUCACCACCUGUGUGUGUGAGCAAACAGGGUAGUUCUUGCUGCUGCUUUAGAUGACACUAUCAAGCAAAGGUGUGUACAGUUGCAAACUGCUAUGUACAAAAGUGCACUCUGAAAAAAAUGAUGUGUGUGCAUUUCAAAAGCUGCAUGUGUACGUGGCCUUUUAAAGUCCAGAGCUUUAUCAGAUCAAAAGGCCCAUUUGUCCAGCAUCCUGUUUCUCACAGUGACUAACUAGAUAGCUAGAUAGGUAGCCCAAAAGCAGGAUAGGAGAACAACAGUCCUCUCCUGCUAUUGUUCCCCAGUGACUGUCAUUCUGAGGCAUUUUCCUUGGGUCAUGUGCAGUUAGAGAAGCAGUUCAAGGAUCAGCUUUCCAGUGCACAUACUCAUGGCAAAAUAAAUAGUUGAACCAUAGUUGCAUGUAACAUUUUGUAUGGGUGUCAUGAUUGUUAUCUCAGUGCAAUUGCAUUAAUGAGUCAUUGUUUUGGCUGUGCUCUUGGACUUUCAAAUAGGCAUAAACAGGAUAAACGAAGAAACAAAAUUCCAUUCCAUUCAUUUUAUUUGUCUGCUGUUUAUCCACACACAAAAAAAAUCAUCCUCAAAGUGGCUUACAACAAACAGGGAUGCAUUUCAAACAAACACUACAAAAAAUAGCAAAACAAAAUAAAUAUAAUAACAUAUUAAAAAACCCACAUUCAAUACUAUAAAUAUAACAAGAUUAAACAACAUGCAGUAUCCAAUAGCCAAAAGAACAAGGGAGCUUCACAGUUUCACCUUAGCCCUAGAAACACCCCUCCCAUUAUGUUGCUCACAAUCCCUUUCCAGCAGCAGAAGCUUAUAAGGCUUCCAAGGGGGAGGGGUGGGGUAGCUGGAAACACCCAUCCCAUGAUGUCUGCCACCUGUAGAAGUUAGACAAAUUGAAAAUGUGAACAUGGGCCUUAUUUUGUGUUAUGAUGCUUCUGCAACUCACCGAGAGAGGAAAUGAGGCAAUAAACUGAAGGGCAUCAGAACACUGCUCAGCCCAUUAUUCCUAUCUUUUGGCUCUGUGACUUCACCAGAGAGUCACGUACUGUAUUUUUCGCUCUACAAGCCACACCCGACCAUAAGAUGCACCUAGUUUUAGAGGAGGAGAACAAGAAAAAAUUAUCUCCCUCUCUGCGCAGCAUCCCUUCAGCGAAGCGGCAGGAGAAAGGGAGCGCCUUCCAUUUCUCUUCCUGCUUCGCUGAAGGGGCGCUGCGCAGAGAGGGAAAGCUGCGCAGCGCCUCUCCAGCAAAGCGAAGCCAGAAGAGCAAGAGGGAUCGGUGCAGACCGAUCCCUCUUGCUCUCCUGGCUUCAGGGAUAGCCGCCCAAAGCCUCCGGAGUGGAGCGGGAACGCUCCUGCUGCGCUCCGGAGGCUUUGCGUUGCUUUCGCUGAAGCCAUGGAGUCUGCAUUCGCUCCAUAAGACGCACACACAUUUCCCCUUACUUUUUAGGAGGGGAAAAGUGCAUCUUAUAGAGCGAAAAAUACGGUACUUAUUUUAAGUCUGUUUUCAAAGAUUUAAGGACUGUUAAUUUUUUUUGUUUUUAAAGACAGCUGAGAUUCUCAGAACAAUAACUUACGUACUCAACAUGUGUUGCAAUAGCAGAUCACAGAGUAUAUACAGCCUUGGGCAUAAAGGGGGGGGGGCAUGAAUUAGAAUACUAAUCCUGUAAACCAGUCAAUAAGUAUCCAGCAAAAUUAAAUGUCGUCUUGUUUCUGUGGUGAUAAAUUUGACAUUUUGGGGGAGAAGGAGCACUCAUCCAAAUGAUUCUUCAUUAGCCUUGGGCUUACUGCCCUCUUUAUGCCUGUAGAGACAUUAGAGAGUGUUGUUGUGCCUUAAUUGUCAACAGCUUUAUUAUUUCAUCUGUUUUCAUUUGUCAUAAACCAUUUUAAAAUACAGCACCCACAUUUCAUAACUGUGAAUGAAAAGUACCCAUUAUUUCAGCUCAGAAGCAAGUUACAUAAUCCAACGGUGUAGAAUGUAAUUUUCUUAAAUUACUCAAAGUUGGUGAAAAGGCUUCUAAUGGGUUUUUAAGUGGUGGUUUUAAAAUUCUGGUUUUUCUUAUUGGAUUGACAUUUGAACUAGAAGGGUGGUUCCUAACUGCUCUAAUAAAGAAAGAAUUGACAUAUCCCUAGACAUUGCAAUUCUCUUUUUAUUGUACAAAUAAUAUCGUAUGUUGUUCUCUUCAUACUGAUUCUCCUUUUUUUAUUCCCCAUGUACUUUCAAGCUAUUACUAGCUGCUGAACAGCUACUUCACAAAACACAUUUUCCUUACAUGGAAUAAAGUGGCCCUGAGAUUCUAGUAAUACUGGUUCUAGGUCUUUGUGUGGUCUCUUCCUGACAGAACAAGAACCACGAGCUUAUUCCAUACAACACAACAUUGUGUGGGAAACAAACUUCUAAGCCAGAGAUGGGGAACCUAUCACCUUCCAGAUCAACACUAUCUCCAGCUCCCCUCAACCCAGCUCAGCAUAGGGAGUAGAUUUCCUCAAUCCUAAAAUAUGCCCAAAAGCAUUUUGAUCUAUCCCACAAUGAAAAGUGAGGUGAAUGAAAAAGAAUAGUGUUUAGCUCUCAUUAUGACCAGUUUGAAAAUGCCAUGAUGCAAAUUGACAGGGGGUUAAAAGAGUUAAAAUUUUGGGGGGAAUGUCCAAAACAAAAUUGUUUUCAGUUCAAAUACACAGAGUUUAUUACAUUAAGAAUUGUAUGGGAAAUGUCUGACUGGUGCAAAUGAAACACAAAAGCCUUCACCUAUCUUUGCAAAUUAACUGUGAUCAUCCAGCUUUUGAUGACCCUCAUGGUGCCUUUUCAUUCUUUUUAUUCUACAUGGAUGGUAUUCACCGUCAGUCGGGCACGUGUAAUGCUGAAUGCUAGCUUUGGUUGUAUGAUAGUUUCAAUUACAUAGACUUCCAUGUGUCUAUUCCACUGAACAGACUAGUCUGAGGCUUAGGUCUACCUCUCUGCCACCGACAGCCAUUCACCUCCAAAAUAGCAGUGAAGAUUGUUAUGGAAAGCCCUUAAUACAAGAUGUUAAACCAAAAGGGUUUUUGUUAUUGUUCCGCUCUCCUUAUGUGGACCUAAUGCUGAAUUAGUCGUCUGCCCCUUUGCUGGGGUUUUGUUUUAACAGUUGUUCAGUUAGAGCCUACCCAUAUUCACUUGUACUGCAAAGCAGAGCAUGCUGCUUCUCAAGUGUGUGUGUGUGUGUGUGUGUGUGUGUGUGUGUGUUGGUGUUGUCAGAAAUACUUCAAAGAGCAAGGCUCACUUGAGGCAGCUGCCAGACAGGUUUAACUGGGAGGAACUGGUAUGGUUUUCCUAAGUAACUCGUAUAAAGGUUGAAUUAGAUACAUCCCAGGUCUUCUGGAUGAGCAUAAUGCAGUUAGACCUGUUUGUAAAUGUGUGUCAGAUGGGUUUAUUUGCAUCACAGUCUCUCCAUAUUUGAGGACAAGUUCUGUGUUUUGGUUCUGAGAAAUGGUGUCAGUCCUGUCCAGUAACGGAAGUCUCUUCUGCAUUCAAGCUUUGUUGUAGAUCACUGCAGGAAAUGCACUAGUUUGAGGAGUGCUACUUGUCUCACUUGAUGCUGUAUGUAUGCGUGUGUCCUGAGAAUUGGUCAUCGGAAAUAUAGUAAUUGACUUGCCAGAUCAUCUCAAGCAGCUCUGUUCACCAGUGGCCAUUCAGAUGCUUCUGGAUGGUUUCCUAUUAUUUGUUCACCCUCACCCCAGCCUUGGUACUCAGGAGAUAUAUUGCCACCGAACAUGAAUGUUCCUUUUAGCUUCAUCUAUAGACAUGUUCAUGGGACACGGGUGGCACUGUGGGUUAAACCACAGAGCCUAGGGUUUGCCGAUCGUUUCCGGCGUUUCUGUGCGCUGCUCUGGUUCACCAGAAGCGGCUUAGUCAUGCUGGCCACAUGACCCGGAAGCUGUAUGCUGGCUCCCUUGGCCAGUAAAGCGAGAUGAGCGCCAGAGUCGUCCGCAACUGGACCUAGCGGUCAGGGGUCCCUUUAUAGACAUGUUCUGCAUGAAUUAGCCUGGCCAGGACUGCAGUUAUGUCUGGGUUUGCCCUCCACUCCCUCCUCUCCUCUCCCAAUUAGCCUCCAUCUCCAGGACUUGGUGAAAGGAGGGAGUAAAGAAUAAUAAUAAACAGGGGCCACCCCUGUGACAUCAACAGGGGCUGUCCCUAGGUCUUAGGUUUGGGCCUGAAAUCUCAGGGUCUGGAAUGUUUCUGACCUGGCAUCCCUAAUAACCAACUACUAGUGGGUGGAAUCCAUUAUGUGAGUGGACUUCUCCACAUACAGUGGGACUUCUGCUUUCCUUCCUCACCUCUGCAGCUCCUCCCCCUGCAAAUCUGCUUUGCUCCAGGGCAUCCCCCACUUUUAUUCUGUGUGGAGGGCUGCAGUGGGGAAGAGAAGAAGGUGAAGUCCCAUUGCAUGGAUAGAAUUCCAUUUUGCUUGUGCGUGGACAGCAUUGAUACAACACACUGUACUGUAAACAAUGCAGACAAAUACUUCCUCUGAUGGAAGUCGUGGGGCAACUUGCAGUGCUGGCAUGGCCUAACUUUCCAUUCCUUUGUAAAUGCUUUUUCCACAUGCUUCAGUGAAAGAAGUGGUGUUGCAGUCUUGUCUCCCGUUCAUUUUGGUGAGGUUUAGGGAGGUGUUUCUGGGCUCAGAGGCAAGUGCAUUUUCUUGAAAAGUAGACAGCUGAGCUGUCAAUGGAUUAUGAUUUGCCUGCCAUUUAUGAUUUCCCUAGGGGCAUUUUCUUCAUAGGUUACAAUAAAAUCUGUGGGCAUUAAACAUUUAGUGUGUAUCUUUUCUUCUAACCCAUAAAGUAAGUGGCUUCUUGCAGUGUGUUUCCAUUGUGAAAAAAGGGACAGCCUUUGUACAGUUCAGAAAUAGGUACUGUAUACCUAAUUUAACAUGUGAAGCAGCUCCUACUGAUUUCUCUUUUGAAAUUAUUUUAUGCAGUCUGCUGCCUUUCAGUUCGUGUUUGCAAAGCCCUCAAAGCUUGUUUGAUGAAGAAGUCCUGCAUAAAUGAAUGUAUUGUUUCUGUUUAUUUUAUGAUGACAAUUAGAUACUGAAUUGACAUGACUUCAUGGUCCGUAGAACAGAGGGAACACGUACCAAGGGCUUUGAGCAAUAGGUUAUUGACUUUGCACUUCAAUUGUACCAGCCUGAAGACUGAAAGAAAGAGCAACUUCUUCCAAAGCCCUUUGAUUGCACCCCAAAACCCAAGCAGAUUUGAGAGCAAAGUCGCUACUUCUGUGAUUGGGAAGAGAGAACUGAGGUUGGGGCUUGGUGGAAGAAUGAUGUAGGAACUCAGAAUGGUAUUAAGUCUUACAAUUUGAGGAUUUGAAAUGGUGAAUGCCAGAGUCCCUUUCCCUGCAAGAUCAAGUGUGUAGUUUGGGGGUACUUCUGAGCCCACUACUGUUGCUUUAAGCCCGGGUGGCUUCAGUGAUAUGAAGUGCCUUCCAUCAGCUUUGGUUCUCCGGAUAGGGAUAUCCUACCAUCUGUUGCCUAUAAUCAGGUAUCCUGUAGCUUAGAUUACACCAAUGUGAGACUGUCUGAAGAAUGAUGAGGGCUCUGCUGACUCCAGUUCUUCAUGCACCUUGUGCCUCUCCUCCCACAGUAUAAGUUUGGAAGGAGGUGGUGACAUUCACAGAGGACUAGACUUCCUGAACUCCCUUGGUGGCAGGGCGGAACAGAGGGGAAUCAUGAGCUUUCAACCAAAGGUCUCCAAGAAGGCUUGGAAUGAUGGAGGCAGUUCAGGAUUGAGCUGGGUGGAACUCAGCCGUCACUAGUAAGAACAGACUCUUUGUACUGUGGCCCUGUUCUGUUUGUUGUUAAUAACCCUGGCUAUUUAGAGGCCUGAGGUUUCUGAGAAACCACCUGUCUGUUUGUAUGCUAACAUGACAUUUAAAGAUCACUAGACACUGUUUGCUUUUGGAACGUAAGUAAUUAUUAUAUUUUUUUGGUAUUGUGGCAGCACUUAGGUGCCGGGGUUCCAUUGUCACGGGCUCUGUAGAAACAGACAUAUUAAAAAGUCCUGUUCCUGAUUACACAGAAGCUGAAUUUAAGAGGGGAAGCAGCUGGUGGGGAGGAUGACUGGAGAAAGUAGGAACAAGGAAAGCAGUGGUUCCAAAGAGAAGCCACCACUACCUAAUCACCGAUAACUAUUUAGUCCAUAGCUGAGAAAUGUAUGUAGCAUGACCAAAGCAGAAUAGAGUGAACCUGUACCAUUGCUGGUUGUAGUUUGAGCACUAGAAUUGCAUGAGUUGUUUUAGCCACUGCAUCACACUUCUGACUUACGUUUAAAUCAGUAAAGCCCCCUGAAUUCCCCAUUUACUGCUAUCAGGCCCGGAGGUCACUCAUCCUGUAUGUGUGCACUUGUUUUUGUCCUACCUAAAUACAGAACUUCACAUUUAUGUUUGUUGAAAGCGAGUUUGUUAGUUUUGGCCUGAUUCUCUGUCCUGCCAAAUGCUAUUGAAUCCUGUUUAGUUAUCCAACCCAAUUCAGAGUGAUCUGAUGAGCACCCACUCUUUCAUUCAAGCCAUUUAUAAAGCUAUUAAACAAUCCCAGGACAGAACUCUGUCGCCUACCCACUUGUCAUGACUCUCCAGAUUGAAGAGGAGCUAUUGAUGCACAUUCUCCAUGUAUGGUGCAUUAGCCACCUACAAAAUCCACCUAACUGUAACAUUGCAUACAUUCCAGUGUAUAUUGUCAACACCCUAAAUUCGCACACAUGCAUGUGUACCAGUCUCUUGCAUUUCACAAACCCUCUUUUUCCUCAGUUUGGGUGCUGUGCAUGUGCCCUUGUUGUUUCAGCCCUCUGCCUGCACAUCUAUUUGUGAUGUGCACAUUUUUGUAGCUGCCAUCACUCUUCUCCUUGCCGCAGAUGCCUCUCAGUGAAGAUGUACAUCUGUAAUAUUACAUAUAAUCUUUUACUUUGAUGCAGGUUGGUUAUCUGUCCCUGUGCUGUCAGUAGGAAGCUGCAGGGGAUUACAGAAAAUGAGGCUUGCAGAUGGAGUAAAGAAAAAGAGGACGAAGAUUAUAGGAGGAAAACUAAAAACAUGUUUCAGUUUUACAUUAGCAUAGCCAUUAUGGCUAUUUAUCCUAAAGGAAUUCUGAGAUUCCAAUCUGCCAAAAAAGAUGAUACUAUUACAAUAUGGAGCAAAGUUCUCUUGCUCUUGAAAGCACCUUGCUUUCCCCCCAAUUUAGAGGGAUGGUCUGAGACUUUCCCUCCUCUCCUCUCUCUGUGUACUUGUAAAUAGAUUUCUUGACCCCAUUGUAGAGCUAUGCUCUUCCCAGUAUUCUAGGCAUAAUGACCAGACCUUCCAAAAUUUGUGGUUGCCACUAAAUUGAGGAAAGGGCAGGGUUUCAUUCCUGACAUCAUGCUGAGCUCUCUCUACUAUUCUCAUAGUCCCUCUGAAGCCCACUGCAAGCAUCUCAGGCUUGGAGAAGGAUGGAGGAUGCUAUUUGAAAUAAUGCUCAGCUUCAGACGCAUGGAGAAAGCAUGUCCAUCUCUCAACAGCUUAAAAGCUGAGCUCACUGUUGGUUAUCAGGCUUCUCUGUUAAACCAGUGCAAUUCUGAGAAGCAAAUAUGACCACAUAGUUCCUGCGCAGAAGGCUUUUAAAAAAAGAUACUAGAAAAGGCAGGGCAGAAGAGUUCAGUAAUUCACAAGGUGUACGGAUGGAGUCAGAGAAAGGCAGUGAUGGCAGUAAUGGAGGAGCAGGUAAGGUGAGGAUGGUUCAGGAUCAGCCUACCUAAGAAGUGGGUUUUGAGGAGGAACUUGAAGGGAGGAUAGCCUAGCGGCUUGAUUACUAGAGUUUAGGGAGGUUUUUGAAGUAUAAAGAAUUAAUUGGAUAGCAUGAAAAUAGGCACGGAAGAGGCAGGCAAAUAAACGCUCAUGGUGUCUUUCAUUCUCAUUUCUUCCUAGGUGUGGCUGAAUUUAGAAAUUUAUUACUUUUUCUUGUAAUAAGUAGGUUUUUUUGCCUUAAGUUAUUUGGCUGUAUAAUAUGAAACUUGCCUGCUGCCCUCCAGGUAUAUCGGGAAUUGAUCUGACUUGCUGCCUUUUGUUCUACCCAUAAGAUUACAGUUGUAAUCCUUUGAAUUUAUUUAUUUUUAUUUGUGUUUAAUUGCACUAAAGCAUCCAAAGUAGUUCAGUGAAGCUUAAUGGCAAGAUUCAGGAGAGGAACAAGGGAUUUUAUUUUAUUUUUUAAGCAUAGGUAAAGGUAAAAGAACCCCUGACCUUUAGGUCCAGUCGCGGACGACUCUGGGGUUGUGGUGCUCAUCUCGCUUUAUUGGCCGAGGGAGCAGGCGUACAGCUUCCAGGUCAUGUGGCCAGCAUGACAGCUGCUUCUGGCAAACCAGAGCAGCGCACGGAAACACCGUUUACCUUCCCGCUGGAGCGGUAUCUAUUUAUCUACUUGCUUUAAGGUGCUUUCUAACUGCUAGGUUGGCAGGAGCAGGGACUGAACAAUGGGAGCUCACCCCGUCAUGGGGAUUCGAACUGCCGACCUUCUGAUCAGCAAAUGGGGGAAUUCACUACUCCAAGAUGGAGUGAUGGCUACAACUGGGAAGGCCUUCAAAGGGUAUUAGACAAAUUCAUGGAGGGAUAAGGCUUUUGGGGCAAAUAGUUGUUAUGGCCUAUCUCCAGCGUGCCUCUGAAUACCAUUUACUAGGGAGCAACUGUGAAAAAGAGUUGCUUUCCUCAUGUUCCGCUUGUGGGCUUUCCAGAGGCAUCUGGUUUGCUUCUGUGGGAAAGAGGGUGCUAGACUAGAUAGGCUUUUGGUGGAUGGUGUUGAGGUAAACUUUCAAGCAGGGAUAAAUUUAUGACCAGCAGUAGAUUAGAUAAGUGAAACCUAGGAUGAAAAAAGGACAACAGAGAUGUAGCUAAUAAAGAAAAGAUCUGGGAAGUCAGGGAAGGGUAGGUUGGAAAGUACUGUAAGACUGUUGACAAGUUGAAAAAUGCAAGCAAAAUUUGUAUUGGAAAAUGUAUAAAUAACAAAUAAAUUCUAAAAAGGUAGACUUUUGGUUUGGUCCAGGUAGGCUCUUCUUGUGUUUGAAUGAAAAACUGUCCCAAUCAAUGGGGCAGGAGAUCUGGAUUUAAAAGUUGAUGGGCUGUUUGGGUCAGGGAACCUGAAUCCACUCUCAAGGCUGGCUUCCCUGCAACCCUUUUCUCUCCAAAUGCUUUCCUCUCAACCAACAUUGCCUAUGGCAGGCAUGGCCAAACUUGGCCCUCCAGCUGUUUUGGAACUACAACUCCCAUCAUUCCUAGCUAACAGGACCAGUGAUCAGGGAUGAUGGGAAUUGUAGUCCCCAAACAGCUGGAGGGCCAAGUUUGGCCAUGCUUUGCCUACUAUGGUGUCAGUAACUGGAGAGAAUUAUGCACUCUUUGCCUGUGUAGGAGAAUGAAUAGAAUAAUAGUUUAGCACUAAUUGAUUGAUCUACUCUGCUGUUAAUUAUUUUAUUGAUGUUUUUAAAUGCUCUUGUUUUUAUGACGAAUUUACUUGUAGACCACCAAGGGAUGUAUUUUAUGAAGUGUGAUACAGAAAAUAUAUAUAUAAUAUAUUUGACAAUAAGCUGGUCAUUACAAAAGCUGUUGAAGUCUUUGGAACUUUCACGUGCAGAAGGAAUCUGACGUCGUAAAUGACUGUAAGCUUAGGGACAUGGUACUAUGAAACAAUUGACACAUGUAUCGACACAUCCUAAGCCUUAGGAGUAGGAUAAACUAUGAAUUCUCAUAAGAAAAAGCAAUUUGCUUCUUGUAGACAGCUGACAUCCUUAGAAUGGACACAACUUAAUGCCAUGGAAAUUAAUUCCUAUAAAUAUGCAGAGUGCUCGAUCCAAUGUUAUUUUUUCUGCACCCCCUACAUAUCAGAGAAUGCCAGAAUAUUAUUUUUACCAGCUGGAUAGAUACUACUAAACUACACAACAUAUAGGAAGAAAGGCAAACCACAUUUCUAUUAAAGAACCCCACCUCCUUCAAUUAACUAAAGAGAAGUAUAUAAUUUACACUGACUCAUUCUAUGCUUUUAGGCAAGCCACAUAAUAAAAUGAAGCACAUAAUAAUAGUGUUUAUUAGUUACUUCAGAAGGAUGUUGUCAGGUUUAAUUAAUUAAGGAGCUUUGUGAUGUUUGGACAAAAAGUGCCUUACUGUGGAUACGAAGGCCAAAGGUGGAUAUGAGCCAAGGUACAGAGUCCAGACAUACUCAGAUUUUUCAACAGUUUGUGCUUCAGGUUCAGAUUUAUGGCAGAUUUAUUUCUGCCAGACUGAUUGUAACAUGACCAUCAAAGCCAACUGGGGAGUUUAUUUAUUUAUUUUAUUAAAUUUCAAUAUUGCCCUUCAUCUGAAGAUCACAGGGCAGUACAGAUCUGCCUCUUUCCAUAUCUACAGUAUAAACCCCUAUUUCAUGUAGCAGCUCUAUUGGAAGUCCUAAUUGUUUCAUUCAUCUUCGUAGGAGCCCUAAUGAGAGGAACCACUUUUAUUUUUGCAGAGGGAGAACAGAUUUUUUUUUUUACUGAGGGAGUUUUACAUUGACUUGUACAAAGCUGUACAGUCAUGAUAUGCCUGAGCUGAGAUUUCAUCUCAGUUGGAGAAUGCCUUAGUCACUAGCUUAUGGUGCCUCUCUUAACAUGCUAAAUAUUAUAUAGUUCAUUGCCCCAGUAAAGCUUCCAGUUCCCCUGUGGUGUGUUCAUCAAAUGUGGCAUGUGGCAAAUUGGAUGCUCUUUCAUAGGACUUUGGAAUGUUUCUCCAGGAAAGAUCUGGCUGGUUGUCUCAAACAAAUGCACAGAAUUUAGUUGACGGCUGCUUCCAUGACCCACAGUCCCUGUGCAUUCUCAAUUCUCUUAACAAUGACUGCCUUCUCAACUCCUAUCCCUGCAAUGGCUUCCUGGAGCUCCUAUCCUUAGUGGGGAUUUUACCCUGCCCCACUUUCCUCAUCCCCAUACUUUCCUUAACACAGGGGUGUGGAACCUGUUGUUGUUGUUUUCAGCCCAGGGACUGUAUUCUCUCCAAGGCCUACAUGCCAGUGGUGGGUGGGGCCAGAGACAAAAGUGGGUGGAGCAACAGAUUUGAAUUUUACCUGUGUAUAGUAGGCUAGUUUCCACAUUCCCUUCUUUCCUCCUCCAUGCAGGCAAGCAAGAGGCAUUGUCAGAGUUCAAUGAUACUUUACAGCUAGGCAGAAACACUCAGGGAAGGGUGUAAUGCAGGGCUGGUGAGGCGCAUGGCUCAGGGAAAGUCCCACCCCGACUUAAUAAUUACCACUUAACUCAUUGUUUGUUCUCUCCCUUGUCGUCUUUGUGCAUAAAUCCCUUAUGUGAAGUCCAGUGCUGACCUUACCACCUUCUCUUUCAUCUGAGCUCCCUAUUAGCUUCCAUACCUUUCUGGACCUUUCUCUACUUUGUUUCUUGGCUCUAUCCCCCUUUGCCUCCCCAGUAGCAGCAGCGCUAGUAGCAGUAUUCACCAUUUUGUAUAACACACUUGAGAGUUCAAAGUGCUUCUCAUGCAUUAUCUUGUUCUAAUCCUUAUAACAUGCCUGUAAGGUCGGUAAAUAUUAAUACACUCUUAUUGCAGAUAGGAGACUGAGGCUGAGAGAAUAGUGGCUUGUCUGAGACAUACCUGAAGGCAACAUUUGUACAGUGGUACCUUGGUUCAGGUUACAGACGCUUCAGGUUACAGACUUCGCUAACCCAUAAAUAGUACAUCAGGUUAAGAACUUGGAUUCAGGAUGAGAACAGAAAUCGCGCGGUGGCAGCGGGAGGCCCCAUUAGCUAAAGUGGUACAUCAGGUUAAGAACAGUUUCAGGUUAAGAACGGACCUCCAGUACAAAUUAAGUUCUUAACCCGAGGUACCACUGUAAUGCGUAAAUGUGGACAAGCCCUCAGUGUCUUAGCUACGAUCAGUAAACUUUUUCCUUCUUGUCCCAAGGCCCUCUGGAAAGUUUUAUAGGCUGACCUUAAAUUUCUCUGAUGUAAGCUGCCCUUUCCCUCUCUGCAGCCAAAACACUCAUAAUAAAAAUUCCAUGACAUAACACCACUCACCCAGCAGUUUUUAUCCUAUUACAAUGGAAGGGCAGCAUUUUAUUUUUUAUUUCGUAUAUGAUGGUGGUUAGCUUAUAAAUUCUGCAUGUACUUUUGCUUGCAUUACAUGGUCUUAGAUAGAAAGAUUCCUCAGCUCAGCUUGAAGCUAUGACUUCAGUCUGAAUGUAGACUCUUGCAUUCCUUCUAAAAAAAACAAACCUAACUUCCACUCAGGAAUUGAAGCAAAGGGAAAAUUAAACCCUUUACAGGCAUAUAGUGCAAAAUGAGAAAGUGCCUCUUGCAGCUAAGUAGAAAUGAAAGUUUGUGUCUAGUAAAAUAACCAGCUCUUUGAAUAAUAUGUUAAUUCCAUGCAUAGUUUUAUGGGCUAGCUCUUUCUAUGGCACUUGGCAACAGUCCUGGAAAAGGCGCAGUCUCAGCAAGCCCCAGGAGGAUCUGUAUGAAGAUUUGAGCUUAUUGAGUUCAGCAGUUCUUUCCUAACCCAUUCCAUCGCAGAUCUGUAAACAUGGGCCAGUUCUACAACAAAGAAGUGCAAAACAACAAUCCUCCUGGCAUGAUCUAUUUCUCAGAACACAUUGACUAAGGCGGCAGUCCUGUACACUACAGGUGGGCAUCUGCAGCCCUGGGUCUAAUUGUCAAAAGCCACCUGCAGGCAGGCAGGCAGGUCAGAUUUCCUGCAACAGCAACCAGUCCAUUCCCUUGUAGGCUGCUGGGUAGCAAGCAAAAAUGGAUAACAGAAAGAGAGACUGAAAAGGGGAUAACCUCACUCAUUUUGGGCUCUGACUUUGGCCCCCACAAGGCCAUCAUGUAGAUUACCCUCAAGGGAAUGCAGCCCUCAACAGUAAAAAUUCGCCCAUCCCUGCUGUACGUGCUUAAAGGUAAAGGUAAAGGGACCCCUGACCAUGAGGUCCAGUCAUAACCGACUCUGGGGUUGCGGCGCUCAUCUUGCUUUAUUGGCUGAGGGAGCCGGUGUACAGCUUCCGGGUCAUGUGGCCAGCAUGACUAAGCUGCUUCUGGCGAACCAGAGCAGCACAUGGAAACGCUGUUCACCUUCCCGCCAGAGCGGUACCUACUUAUCUACUUGCACUUUGAUGUGCUUUUGAACUGCUAGGUUGGCAGGAGCAGGGACUGAGCAACGGGAGCUCACCCCGUCGCAGGGAUUCGAACUGCCAACCUUCUGAUCAGCAAGUCCUAGGCUCUGUGGUUUAACCCACAGCGCCACCCGCGUCCCUUCUGUACAUGCUUACCUGGGAGUAAUUCUCUCGGCACUCAAUAAGCCCUGCAUUGUAAUGAGAGUCAUUGCUUUCUCCUGUUUCAGCUUACUGGCUUAUUUGGUUGCUACCAGAGGAUGCCAUGAUGAAUCUGUCUUGCAUACGCUUCCUCCCUUCUCUCUUAUGUAUGAGAUAAGGAAAUAGGAACAUUCGGUUGAUGGUUUGUAACAAACUGCCUGUUUCAUCUGAAUGUUGGAAACUGGUUUGUACAAACCAUAGUCACCCAAAUAGGAUACUGGUUAACUAAAUAUGGCUCAUACAAAGAGAACCAUAUUUGGACAAAGUGGUAAAUUGCACUGUGCUACCACAAAUGGAAGCUUCUGUUUUCUUCCCCUUGCAUACAAAGGAGGAAACAGCACGAACUGUUUGCCACUGCUUAUUCUCCGAACAACAAACCAUGUCUUGUAUGUUUGAAGUAAAACAGAAAAAGUAUGUAAUUCCUAAUAAGGUGACCAUGUAAGUUGAGUAAUUAGAAAUACCUGCAUUCAUAAAUGACGCAAUUGUCUGUGUUUCAGGAAAAAACAUGGCAGUUCUUCUUGUGGAUGCUCCUACUCCAGUGAAACUUGUCCCCAAAAAUAAAGGAGGGGGAAGAUAACUUUUGCUUUUCUGGGAACCAACUGGCAACAGUUUUUAUACCAAACCUGAAGUGGAGCAUCUUAGAUGAGGUGAUAAAAGCGGUGGAUCUGCAACUUUGGCUGAUGAUCAAACUUGGCCUAAACCCUUGCUCUUGCAUUUGUGUACUUGCGGUGAUUGCUUGGAAAGGACAGCAUUUGUGUGAGGAAACAGGUUCUCAGCAUGCAAAUUAGCUGUUUUGCUUGCAGAAGUCCUUGGUUUCCCCCCCUCCUGGAUGCUGCGUGGGGUGAAUAGCUUUGCUUCAUUUUGUAUUCACAGUGAGCCAUUGCUUCCUGAUCUAGCACAACCUUGACUGUCUUUCCAAGUCGCACACUAAUGUUGGAAGGCAAUACUUUUUGCUGUUACAAUGGUCCGAUUCUGUUCAGGAGAGAGCUUGUCCUAUUUGGGGAAGCCAGGAAACCACCCAUCUUUCUGCUUUAUACAAAUCAGCUGCUACGGGUGAAUUAUGCUGCAUCUGUAAUUAAUAGGGCCAAUAUUGUUACUUGUCUGGAGAAAUCCCAGACUGGCUUCUCUACACUAGCUUACCAGAAGGUCAGAACUAGUAUACAGUUGACGUGGAGUUCCCUGGCUACAUCUGACCAUUUUCUCAUAGCACAAAAGGUGUUGUGUACCCACAUUAGUCUAUUUUCCACCUGGUUCCUGAGCAGAGGAGUUGUUUUGUUUUUGUUUUUGUUACUGUACAAUUACUUGGAGAACUGGUUGCUGAUUGAAGAAACUUUCUUUUGCAUGGACUGAAUGGAAGCAAAGAGAAGGCUCCUUGCAAUAUGACCUAAAUGUCACUGCACUAUAAAAUCUAAUUUGCCUACCCUGCUUUGAUAUGUAAACUGCAGUCAGCAUUUGCAAAGCACUUGUUACAACUGAUCAUUGGAAGUAUUGGUCUGUUUUAUCUUUUUAAAAAGUCUUCAAUCUGUGAUGAGGGUCAUUAUUUAUCCGUUGCUUCCCUGAAGUCCUGGAGCAUCUCAGUGACUUUGGUGUUAUUUGCAGGCUUAGAUAUUGUAGGAGGACAAAGGAUUAUCAGAUGCAAGAGUUGGCACGAGUAAAGGCAAUUGCUUCCAAACUCAAAUAAGUCUUGGAUUUUUAAAUUUAGCACCAGAUCUAGCAUUAACAUAAUGUUUAUAUAGUUUACGAAAAAAAGCACCAUAAUUGAUUUGAAAACUGCAGGUGAACACAUAUAGCAUGUUCCACAUUGCAUUUAACAGUGAAGUGAACAACAAAUGCAUAGACUGAAUUGUAGGAAAUUGUUUGGAGAACAACUAGUUUAAAAAGCGGGAUGUGUGGGCGUGAACUCAGUGUCACACUGAAUUCCUCUCUGUUGUGCUGUACAGAGGAUGGUGAAAUAUACUAGCCAACCUUUUUCAUUUCAUAAAAUGUAUACUGUAUACCACUUGAUUAUGAGGAAAAACCCUCCAAGUGGUUUUGGAGUGUACAUGUGUUUUGUUUAUACAAGUUUUUGAUUUCCCCAGGUUUCAAAUUCUCAUAAAAAUUAAAAUGCAGACUUGCUUUUUGACAUGGAAGGUUAGAGGGCUCACCACUUGGGAAGCUAAGCAAGAACUUCAUUGUCUUAUCUGAAACAAGGACAGAAUACCAACAGGAAACGUCUGAGUCUACCCAGAUACAAUUAAAUCCUGGGCCAACUAGUGAUUAAACUAUAAAAUGAUGCUAUCAGCACCCUUUUCAUACUGUGAUCUUCCAUUUUUCAAAACAUCCAAUCUAAUACCAUUCUAAUUCCAUUCUGCUUACUGUUAGUGUACUAAUAAAAACAAAGCCUUACUUUGUUUGGCUUUUGAGUUCGCUUUAUAUUUGAAUCACCAGGGCCAAAGAUACAGUAUAGCUACUUAUAUAUUGCUAUCAAGCAUUGCUUUGUUUUCUCAAAGAGUUACAAUAGCAUUUUCCCAUAAUCCGUUAAGACUGCAAAAGUCGCGGUGCACUAGCAGCAUAUUAUAAUGAAACCCACAGAGUCAAAGAGCCUGUGGAGCGACCCAACAGCUUCAUCCUAUGGAUCUGUGCAAGCUGUGGCUUGCUCUGUUGAAACUAAGGUGCAAACUUGUGUGUGGGAUGUGGAGCAGUGCCUGCUUUCCUUUAGGAAAUUGGCUGUUACAAAAAUACCCCUAAAGGGCCUGAACAAUGUCACUACAUUAGGAGAAAGUAUGCCACACAUGACCUUAAUCUUGCAUUCUGGCAGCUGGAUCAGAGUAAAAACAAAUUAAUUUCUUUCACAUAAUCACUGCAUGCUUUUACCUCUACCGUUUGCAGAGGGAGUGAAGAGUAGUUCUGGAAAAUAAUGUAGUUAUCAGUGCAGUUUAGCAUUUGCUACGCUGCAAGAAAAAUAAUGUUAUUUCAUAUCAUAGAUGAGUUUUGAGCCCAAUGAGGUAAGAUAAUAUGCCAGCUGGCCUAAGAUACAUUGAAAGGAUACUAUAAUGGGGGUUUGUAGACAGUGGGUUUUUUGAAGGCUAGACAGUCAUUUUAAGCAUACACAUUAGACUUAGACACGGGUUUAGAGCUUUGCUAAAGAGUUUAUGCCGCUCCACAGUGUUUCCCUGGAAAAGGCUGGCGUGGGUUUUUGAGGGUUAGAUGCUGGUUAACUAUCUCUGUUUCUGAAUACCAAAUGCUGAUGACCAUAAGCAGGUGGCCUGGUUUGCCCUGCAUGGUCUUCCUGGGCCUUCUAGGGCAGAGGUGAGACACAAUUUCAAUUUCAUCUCAAAAAAGCAGCUUCAGAUCUAUUGCGACUGAGUGUAUGUGUAUACUGCUGGACUGGCUGAAGUUGCUAUUUAGUUUUGAAUAUUGUGACAGAAACCAUAAAUAUUCCUGGAUUAGUGAAUUUUGGUUCUGGUUUUUAAUGCCCUCAUCUCCUGUUGAAACCAAAGUGAAGGAUAUGGUUUCUCUUGGUCUGAUGAAGUUUAGAUCAUAAGCCCUUUCUGGGCAGAGACCUGUGUUCUUGCUUACGUUGCUCUUUAAAGUUCCAUGCACACCAAAUAUGCUGUAUAAAUCCUUGGCAUUCUCAUCGUACUUUGGUUUUGCCAAUCUCUGCUUGGAGGGAACACGCAUUUCAUGGCUCCCAGAGAGCUCUCUCUUUCUGUGCCUCCCAUUAAGCAGACAUUUGUACUCUCUGUGAAAGGAAAAUACCGUAUUUUUUGCUCUAUAAGAUUCACUUUUCCCCUCCUAAAAAGUAAAGGGAAAUGUGUGUGCGUCUUAUGGAGCGAAUGCAGGCUGCGCAGCUAUCCCAGAAGCCAGAACAGCAAGAGGGAUUGCUGCUUUCACUGCGCAGCGAUCCCUCUUGCUGUUCUGGCUUCUGAGAUUCAUAAUUUUUUUUUCUUGUUUUCCUCCUCCAAAAACUAGGUGUGUCUUGUGGUCUGGUGCGUCUUAUAGAGCGAAAAAUACGGUAUGUCUCAGGUCACCUCACCUUUCUAACUUAUCUACUUCACCACCAGAAAGAAGCUCUGCAUUGUUCCAGGGCAUUUCCAUGCAACCAUUCACUUUUAACAUUGUUCCUCUAGGUCUGGGCCUUUUGAAACUCAUCCUUUGCCAGGGAUUGCUUGAGCUUCUUCAGCUCCACUUUGUACUAUAAACCAACAAUUAUGGCAUGACUAAAUCCUCUCCUUUGAUUCCGUAUUUGGGAACAACCCUGCAGGGAACAACCCUAUCAAAGUGGUGGAUUAUUAAGCAAAGUAAUUGCUGAAGGAUGUGGCUUUUCCUGUAGGUAAACACCACUCCCUAUUAGAUAGCACACUGCAUUACAGUAUUGACUUUUGCAUUCCUUUACCAGAGUCUGGCUCUUAUUUUGUAAAUACAUGCAUAGUACUUACUAUAUGAGUAACUAUUCAUAAUCUUUCAGUGGCUUGUUGGGUAUGAGAAUGGAGGAGAUUUAGGAUGAGGGGUCAGGGGGAGAGCUAUUGAGCUGUGGCUCUCCAAAGGUUUGAAGAGCAAGUUGAAAACUCUCCUGUUCCUGCCUACAUGUUCUUUCUUAUACCGAACUAUAGGUCUUGAUAUAUUUUAACACUGUAUUUCAAGUUAGAAUCGCCCAGCACUUUACAGGCAUCAGUGAAUCAAAACAUUUGAUCCACUCUGUGAAGUCGGCAGCAUUAUCUGUAUGUUUUUACGUUGUAGUAGCUGCGGUACUGCAUUGGUAUAUGACUUGCCCAAGCAUUGGCAUUUCAUAGAAUCAUAGAAUUGUGGAGUUGGAAGGGGACCAUGAGUGUCAUCUAGUUUAACCCCCUGCAAUGCAGGAGUCUUUUUCCCAAUGUGGGGCUCGUACACAUGACUCUGAGAUUAGGAUGCUUUACCGACUGAGACUGUAGUGGUACCUUGGGUUACAAACACCUCAGGUUACAAACACUUUUGGUUACAGACUAACCCGGAAGUAGUACCUCGGGUUAAGAACAUUGCCCCAGGGUCAGAACAGAAAUUGUGCGGCGGCAGCAGCGGCAGCAGCAGCAGCAGCAGGAGGCCCCAUUAGCUAAAGUGGUACCUCAGGUUAAGAACAGACCUUCUGAACGAAUUAAGUUUGUAACCCGAGGUACCACUGUAUAAGAGUGUAUCACCCACAGCCAGGACCUCCAUAUUACUUUUUUAUGCAUAUAUGUAUGUGUGUAUGUAUAGAAAACCACUCACAGAACAUCCAACUACUUGCAAAGCCCACAACCAGGGUCCCUACAGUACGGUUAAAAAGCUGUCUUGCAUACAGUUCUUACUCACCAAUUUCUAUUUUAUAUGCCUGCCACCUAUAAUACUGUCAUGCAUUAUGUGGUGCAAUGAAAUACAACUUCCUUUCUAGAACUAGCCACUGACAGGCUUGGAAAGGCAUUGUUAAGGAUACCUUUGUCCUUGUGAUUUGUGGGGAUAUAUACUUGGGUUAGUUGCAGUGAUGAGUAAGCUGUGACAUUUAUCUCCACAUUAUUGGGAGUUUGAUUUGGUUUGUUUACUCAAGCACAUAUUGAUUCAUUGUAAUGUGUACAGCAGAGUUGGCUUUCUGGGUGGGUUAAUGUUGGAGAUGCAUAAAGUAGGACCUCUGUCUGACACGUCUACCAUCAGCUAACAUAAUAAGGGUGACUCCCUAGUCAGGUAACCAGUAUCCUAGGAAAAGGUCUUCAUUUAUUGUUUGUGCAUGCAUUUUGUGUAGUGUGGUAAUCCUAUGAUUAACAACUAAUGACGUAUGGCCCAGACCUAGCCUGCAGAUGACGGUUUCACUUGGUAACCAGGAACCUCCCUUGCUGCUUCAUAGUUGGCCCUGCAGCUACAAUGAAGACUGCUCAUUGUAUGUGGGCAUAUGGCAAAAUAAUGCAAAGCAUUCUUACUGUUAACCAGAGAGAAAAGACACCUGCCUAGAUGAAGAAUAAAGUGGCCGCUUCUGCCAUGCAAAGUCUGUUAGAUCUUGUUUGACAAACCUCAAAGCUAAUGCCUGUCUGAAGGAGCUCCAUAAUUACUAGUUUUAUAUAUUAUUACUAUUUAUUUAAAAGUUCAAUGGGCCAAUGUUCAUAAAGUACACAACCUGCUGUAUACAUAAGCAACACUAAAACAUUACACCAGGCACAUAAAAAAUAAAUACAUACAAACACAGACUACUGAAAACAGCAGGGCAGACUGCACACUCAUUCAGGUAAAAACAGUGACAAUACCUCAAUGAAUUAGCUUUGACUUGGCACUCAAAUGAUAACAGUGGGAGGAAUUCAGGGGUGCGCUUUGUUGAAUGUUAUGUCAGUGCAAGCAUUUCAUCUGGUCAGGUGGAGCAGUUGCCCCAUCCGCCACCUGCCUGCUAUUCUGGGAGCUCUCCUGACACCCCCUGAGCCAACUUGUCUUGGGGGGGGGGGCACAUGGGGAGGAGAGGGAGGGGAUAUGGUGAUGACCAGUAGCUGCGAUCGCUUCAGGAAAAAGGCUUUGACAGAUUAAUAGAGGGCCAUCUAUGACAGGGUCUUAGCCACAGCAACAGACCGUCUCAUGUUUAGAGGAAUAUGCUGCAAGGCAUAUGUUGGGGAGGCUCCCUGUCCGGCCACUGUGGGGAAGCAGGAUAUUGCACUAGCUAAUAUCUCCCUAGGAUGCCAUGGUGUCACUGGGGCUCCCUACGCCACUGGUGGUAUGUCCUUGAGUGCACUGAGUGAAGUCCUCAUUGCAGCUAGGGGAGCCAUUGACUACAAAUUUUAAGGUUCCUUUAUAUCCUUUUAUUAAUGGAGGUGGAAGGGGGCCCCUUAAGAUGAGCAAUUCUAUUGUCUUUUCCUUGGAGUUCCUGCCCAGCUUCACCUCGCCCAUCUUGCCUAUUAUUUGUCUGAAAGAAAAUCUCCCUAGUGAUUAAUGGCUAAACUGGUCAUCCUUUGUUUGCUCCCUGCCUUCCAGUUAUCCUAUCAUUAUCUUGAUGGCCUCCAUUUAGGAGUUUGAGUAGACUUUACUGGCAACUUGGUUUACAUGUACUGACCUUUACAAGGUGCAAGGUACCUGAAUCCCCUCCAGGAGAUGAUGCCGGAAUCAAACUUGCACCAAGGUCACCAGAGUUCAUCAUGGAGGGUCUCCUGUCAUAUUAGAGUUAUGUCAGUUUUCUUACCUAUGGCAUGAUGUAAAGUAAUAAACCACAGAAUAAGUUAAGAUUGACACACACACUUAUUCACAUAGACAUGUGGCAGGAUAAUCCUUCCUCUGCUGGAAGGAGGCCAGGCUAGAGCAAUGAAGUUUGAAGUGUGCAGAGAUCACUAUUCAGACCCCUAACUGAGUCAGGAAUUUAUUCUUCCAAAGUGCGCUAUCAUUUCUCACACUGCAUACAUUUAGGGAAAUGCGCUUAAGUUGGAUAUUUUGCACAUGUUGGUUACCCAAAACACCAAGUCUGGCUUUUACCAUCCUGAACAAUGUGGUGUCAUCUGUAAACUUUGCUGUCUCAUUGUUGACACUUGACAUAUGAAGAAAUUAAAUAGCCCUAAUUCACUGCAGAUUCUUCAGGAACCUCACAGUUUCUUCUCAUGAAAACUUUCAGUUUAUUCUUAUCCUUUGUUCGUAGAAAUCUGAUCAUCAGAAAGUCACAAUGCUGGUAAUGUUAUAACUGCUGUUGAGUUUAUAACAUGGACGUAGCCAGGGCUUUUGUUGGGGGGCAGGACUUUUUUGGGGGGGCAGAACUGACGUGAUUGGUCAGUUAAGUAUUCCUAUUUUACUUGAUCUGGGAAGGGGCAACUGCCUUUUCCUGUGCCCCCUCCCCCCGGCUAUGCCCAUGGUUAAUAUGCCAUAAUCUGCAUACUUUACCCAAAUAUGCUAGUAGACUUAAUAUAGAAAUAAGUUAAGGAAAUUUAAUAAACAACCCAGUAAUUUUCUAGACUCCUUACUUAGUGGAAGUUAACAUGUGUUGAGAAUAAUGUUAAUUUGCCAUGUCCAGUGUGUAAUGUUAUCUGCACAGCGGUCUGCAAGGUAGUCGAAAGAGCCAGGUCCCCCCCCCAUUUCAAACUUACUUGCUCUAACCCAGUGGUUCCCAAUUAGUUAAGUCCUGCAGACCCCCUAUUCUCAAAACCCAAGCCAUGGACCCCUAAUUUUGAAAAUUUUGAUAUCUCUAUGGUAGUUUUUGUUAUGUGAAUCAUUCACGUACCCCCUCAGUGUCCACAGACCACCAGUUGAGAACCACUGCUCUGACCGGACCCUCCUUUCAAUCUGACUGCAGCAGGGAAAGGUUGUUCGGUGACAUUACUGCAUUGAAUUGGAGCAUUCAAUCAUUCCUUAUGCAGGCAACCAAAUUAACAAAAUUAUCUGCCCUCAGAGUAGGCUGCUUGCCAAGAACAGUAAUUCACACAGGGACAAAAUUAUAUAUCGGUUACAGUUCUAACGAGAAGUUGUUUGCUGCUUUCACUUUUUUUGGCCAACUGUGAUUAGAUUUAGCAUAUUAAAGAAACAUUGAAAACAGAGAAAGGGUUGAACUGGAUUGGGACAACAUCAGAAGGCUAAUAGAGCAGCAGUGGGGGAAGGAGAGGGAAUGGAGUUUAGACUGGGAAAAUAGGUCUACUCUGAGUACAACUUAAUUGAAUACCACUCAUUGAUCUUUAGCAUCAUGGUACUGUUUGGUUCUUAACAGUGUUAAAGCUGUUUGUUUUCAAUUGACAUUUUCAAGUACAGCAAGGGCUGUAUAACAGCCAUGAUAAGAGAGAAAGAACAAGCAAGAUUAUACUGCAAACAACUGAACAAGGAUCUUGCAGUCCAAUACCAUUAAUUGCACAAGUAGGCCUAAGCUUAACAUACAUUGCAAGGAUUACUGCGACUCAUCGUUUCUCCAGAAGGAAUCAACUGAAGGCAAACUUGGGCACUGGGUGUGGUGCUAUGUGAAGAUGAGAAAUGUCAAAGGGCCCUCACUUUUUGAAUUUCCUCCGCUUUUUUCUUUGUCUAACCAGCUCUUUGUUGUGACAUGGAAAGAACAGUGAUAUUCUUGACAAUGUUUUUGUGAUGUUAAAUGAUUUGCAAAGUACUUUUGACAGAUUCCUCAGCUGAAUAAAUGAAUACUCAUUUACCUGUUAAGUUAAAGUGGAGAGCAGGCACAGUUACCCAUUCUGCCUGCUUUAUUAAAUAUCCCUACUCUUUAGAGAGAGAUUCACUGUACAUUUUUCAUCACCAUGGGGCAAAAUAGGUCCAGCUUUGUGUGCACUUUGCAACACCUUGUUCUGCACCCCUACAUCGUUGACAAAAAACCCCGAAAUGAAAUGUGCAGUGCUUGCCCUUCACCCACUUCCAUGAAUAUCUCAAUAGGGCGCAUGCUUCUGUCUGUUAGCACCCUGGGGUGAUUCUGGUUUCUGCACUCAAGAUGUAGCUAAAGGUCACAGCUGCUCUUCACUGAACCUUCAGCAGGUGUAUCCUUUCUGGGGUUCUCGUUUCCUGUUUGUAUCUCAGGACUGGCUGAGUUAGGCCUGCAGAGAGAUGAGAAAGUAUUCAUUGAAAUAAAAGAAAAGUGGCAAGAUGCAAACCUCAUUGCUCCAGAUUUUAUUCUUUACACCAUGACUUGCAGUUUGUUCUAGUUACAGGUAGGUAGCCGUGUUGGUCUGCCAUAGUCCAAACAAAAUAAAAAAAAUCCUUCCAGUAGCACGUUAGAGACCAACUAAGUUUGCUAUUGGUAUGAGCUUUCGUGUGCAUGUACACGAAAGCUCAUACCAAUAACAAACUUAGUUGGUCUCUAACGUGCUACUGGAAGGAUUUUUUUUAUUUUGCAGUAUGUUGUUGAGCAUGAUGGCAUCAUGCAUAACUAAACUUUAUUUGCAGAGCACACACAAUGACUAUGAGAAGGGAGUUUCAGCAGAAGAAGCCAAUAUAGCAAUCAAGAACCCCUGCAAACGUCAUAGUUCAGAUCCCACCAUUUGAACUGAUUGCCGCUGCUCCUUUGCAUUGCCUCACUAGAACAAAUUUUGGCCUGUGCUGCUAGCAAUGCAACAAUUGGCUUUCUAAGUGGAGCAAACUAAUCCCCGACAAAUGUUUGCCUCUCUGUCUUUGCUUCCACUCUCAGAUGAGCACGGAGUAGAAAUCAAAGAGGUCUGUGUGUUUAUAUCCCACCCUUUUUUCAAGGAUCAUAGAAUGAUAGAAUCUCCGAGUCCAACUCCCUGCAAUGCAGGAAUCUUAAGUAAAGCAUCCAUGACAGAUGGCUAUCCAACCUCUGCUUAAAAACCUCCAAGGAAGAAGAGUCCACCACCUCUCAUGGGAGUCCGUUCCACUGCUAAACAGCUCUUACUGUCAGAAAGUUUUUUCAAAUGUUUAGUCAGAAUCUCCUUUCUUGUAACUUGAAGCUAUUGGUUUGAGUUCUACCCUCCAGAGCAGGAGAAAACAAACAUGUUCUCUCUUCCAUGUGACAGCUGUUAAGAUAUUUGAAGAUGGCUAUCAUAUCUCCUCUCAGUCUCCUUUUUUCCAGGCUAAACAUACCCAGCUCCUUCAAGCGCUCUUCCUAAGGUUUAGUUUCCAUACCCUUGAUCAUCUUGGUUGUCCUCCUCUGAACAUGUUCCAGCUUGUCAACAUCCUUCUUAAAUUGUUCAGAUAGACACCCAGACAACCAUGUCCUCGUUCAUUUGAUGUGCAUCCUUAACAUAAGCCAAUAUAGAUGGCAGGUGGGUGGAUAAUAGCAGGCACAGAAGCUCAAAAGAAUUUUUAACAUGUGUUAUGGUUUCAGUUCCAUAGAACAGCUACAUACCUUCCAUAUUUUUAUUUUCCUAAGCACCACAGCUUGAUCGUUCUUGCUUUAUUAGCAGGCCUCAGCUACCCAAAUAGGUCCUUAGCAAGCUUGUUUUGCUGAUAACUGUUGCCUUGGGCUCCUCUAGGAGGAAGGGCUGGAUAUAAACUUAAUAAACAAUUUAAUAAAUAAAUAUUUAACUUGCUGGCCUAUUAUUUUCAUGGUCCUUCCUAGUGGAUUUUGGAGUGUCCUGUUACCUUACUUGGAGUGAGGGGCAUUAACAUUUUCUCUACUAGCAAUGUUCUUUUCACUCUCCCAGCAAUAAGGAGGGAGUUGGUUACCAUCAGUAGCAUCAGUCCUGAAGUGUCUGGUAUAGACCAGUGUCAAGUGGUCUGAUGGAAGGGCCAUGCUCUAAUUUUGCCUCAGGAACUCUGCUCACGGUCUUAAUCUCAGCAAGUAUGUGCGAUUGUUCUCCUGUCACGGCUUGCCCUGAAAGCCUUCCUACUUCUAUCAUAUCUCACCCGGAUAAAUCUUUUUGACAAGCCUAUAAUUAAUGCCUGAUCUACAUAAGAAGAAUGUUUACCAGUGGUUCCUGAAUGAGAUAGGCUAAAACCGAGGAAUCUUUUCUCCGCUGUAAACUGCUUCUGCCACCUUGGAACCAGAAAUACCUGUUUUGCAUAGACUGAGUCUCAGACCAAAAUGUGUGUCUGAUUUGUGCAUGUAGAUGAUUUAUGGACUUCAAGAACAGCUGCUCACAUAUUUCCAAUCAGAGGCACUCCUAGCUUAAGAGAAGCAGCGAGGGCCGAAUCUCUUUUGGCUUUGCUAGCUGCUUCUUUCUUCGCUCUUCCCCCAAUCAGCAGUCUUCAUGUGACAAAGUGUUGUAGGUUCACAGAUCUCUGUUAGAGUCAGCAGCAUAGAGAUGCCUCCCAAUUUAAGCCAGGGAGAAGCCCACAUAUGGUCUAUGUCAGGGGUAGCCAGGGUGGGUGUCCUUUAGAUAAUGUUGGCUCUCAGCUCCAGCCAGCAUGGCCAGUGUUCAGAAAUGAUGGGAGUCAUAAUCCAGCAACAUCAGGAAACAUCAGAAAAAACUUCUGUCCUGGAUGCUUUAGCUUGGUGGUGAUGGUAGGAAUGAUGUCAUAUUUGGACUGCAUUUCCUUCCAGAGCCACCUUCACUCAAUCAUGACAUCCCAUUUUUAAAGCCCCCUUGCCACUAAUUGUGUCCUAUUCUUUAAUAUAGUGGUUGGGAGUUGGUUAUACAGGGCUUGGUUCAUUCUUCCACUUUGCACAGGGGUGAAAAUGGAAAAUUGUCUGUUUGAAUGUAGCUUUCCUUGUGGGUAGACAGGGUAGAGAGUUUUUGUUCUCAGAAACUGUUUGUAAAUUCAAUUUGGGAUAGAUUUUUAUAUGGUAGGAAUGUGAGAAUUACCCAUUCUCAUCUUUUUUCUGCAUUAAAAUGCUGCUUUUCACUUUGAGAAAUCUCCUUAUGGAACCAUUAGAGGAUAAUUUCUGAAAUUCUAGUCACGUGUUUUAAAAGCAACAUUUUAAUGGCGAGGUUGUCAGGGACUGUGUGUUCAAAAACAAAAUGCUAAUUCUGUGAAAAGGAAACUUGGAUUAUGUGCUUGGCAUCUAUCAUGCAUGUUAAGGAAAUGCCCAUAUGUUUUCAUAAUCUGAUUCCAAAACGAAUCUGUUUGCAAGAAUAGUGGUAGUAUAGGACAAGGAUUUGAAGACAUAGGAUGAGGAUAUAUGAAGGUGUGGAAGGGAGGAGAGGAAAUAUGAAGCAUGUGUCCAAUACUCCCGUAUAAUGCAGGUGUGGAAUGGCUUAAAAAUCCAGACAUUUGAGACUUCCCAGAUGCAAUUUCUGUCCCAACUUAGCACAUCCCUCCCUUGUACUGUGAACAUACAGGUGUCCAGAAUGUAUACAAACCUGAGCGGCAAAUGAAGAUAGAUAUUUAGUUUAGUGGUGCAGUGUUUUUCUCUGACCUGUGACUGUGUUCUUGUCUGCAAAUGUAAAGCAGAGUUCCACACCUCUUGCUGCUGUCCAUUAUUGUCAUAGUGGAAAAGACCCGGCUAAUGCCACAGCCUCAUAUUUUUUGGUAUUGAAAAGGUCUGGAUUGUGUUGAAUGCUGUAGUGCACCAUUGGCUGAAUUCCUAUCACUCGCCAGUCAAUAGUCACUGUUCAGCCUUCAUCCCAACAGCGGUGAGCAAUGACAGAGAAAUAUUUAUUUGUUUGUGGUGGGGAGCUUUUUUCAAGCCCAGGGCUGCAUUUCCUCAGAAGCAACCUCCGAGGGCGUGGGGCACGUGCCGCCGCCGCCGCCCAGGGUCAGAGGCAAAAAUGGCCAGAGCAGCAGAAGCGACACUUUCCUUUGCAUUCCAUUUUUUUUUAAUGUAAUAUUUAUUGGUUUUACAAAAAUUCCAAAACAUACAAAAAUACAGGAUUUCAAAGACAAAAAACAACAAUAACAGUGACAAAAGGAAAACAAAAAUAACAGUAACCAUAAAAAGGAAAAACAAAAGAGAAAAAGAAAAGAAACAGAAAAAUUUAAAAGUUUAUACUUUCAUUUAACCUUCUUAUCUUUCCUUGGUUCUUUGACUUCCCCGCACCUCCCCACUUGUAUUUCCUUUUAAAAACUCCUUUCAGCAAAUCCUUACCCUCCUUCCUUUAUCUUAACUCAAGAAACUUAAUCUAUUUAUAUAUAGAUAUUUUUACAACCUUAUCAAUCAAAUAUUCCAUGCUCUUAAACGCGAGGUUUUUGCCAAUACCAAUUAUUUUCAAUCAGACCUCAAUUUAACAUUCAUGCUUCCUUUGCAUUCCAGCCAUGCAAAGACCAGAGGUUUCUAUGCACACACUGACACACCUCUCGGUCGAGUCAAGCAAGAGAGAUUGCCUCACAGUUCAAGAACACACCCCAGCUGGGCAAAAGCACUUCAGGAGAGCAUGGAGCUAGGCUGGUGAGGCAUGUUGCGCCUUUAGGAAAUUAUCGAGAGUUAGAUAGAUAAUGAGGCCUGCCUUUGACCUGAGCUUCCUCCACCCCUGGUUUACUCAUGACUGCUCACUGGGUGUAAAACUUUGUUGAGGAAGGAAUCCCACACAUAUUAGAACAUGUCACAAUAACAUCUGGAGGACACAGCACUUCCCACCGAAGAGGAAUUGGAGGAAGGGCAAGUAACACGACACAAUGGGGAUGUACUAGUAGACAAAGGCUGGUCUUAAAGGUUUUGUUGGGAAAACAUCCUGGUAUUGUUAAAUUCAUCCGUGCACUCCAUGUGAGAUGUGUGGCUGGACAAUCGGCAGGGAGCGUAGACUUCAUUGCAAGUGUGAUUGAAAUGGCACACAUACUGUGAGAGCAAUAUUCAGGUCUACCUAAGUGGGCAGGAGGGAUCCUUGAGCCUGUAAGCCAGAGCUUUUCAACCUUUUUGAGUCCACGGCUCCCUUGACCAACUAUCUUCUUUCUGCAGCACCCCAGUGGGGCUCAGGAACCCAUUUAUGUCACCCCUUGCCUGCAGAGCUAGCAGCCCCUCACCACUUUUCAAACACCCUCCUUUGUGGAGUGUUCCCUCAGUCUCCUCUCUUCCCCCCUCUUUUUGGGAGUCCUUUAGGCAGCCGCUGCUGCUGCCCCCUGGUCUCUGAGCUGCCACGCACACAACCCCCGCCCCAAAGAGAGGUGCCUCCUCACAUUGCCCCACAGGGGCCUGGGACUUGUCUGUCCAUUCCCAACAGCAAGGACAGGUGAACUGGCUGGCUGGGCUCCCUCCCCCACUUGCUUGCUUACUCUGAGGCCACCUCAGCUUCUGGCAAUCAGGACCCCCUGGCCAGAGGCACCACUCCCCUGAGGAGCUUGUAGGCAGGGCUGCUGCAACAAACAACUGUGCAAGCCUUGGGGAGGCAGAGAUGUGAGAGGGCAUCAGAGGAGGGAGGCAAGGAAAGAGGGACAGAGGCCAGUGUUGCCCGUGGCACCCCUGGCCAUCAUUCAAGGCACCCCAGGGUGCCAUGGAACACAGGUUGAAAACUACUGCUGUAAGUAGUCACACAAUUCAUGCCUAGUUUGACCCUUAGAUGUAUGUGUACUGCAGCAACUAAGAGGCUUCCUAUAUCUUUCAGCCAAACUGAAUGAAUUGGGGUCUCUGAAGCCAAACAUUAUUUCUUUCUGUUUAGGUUUCUUAAAGGGACGCGGGUGGCGCUGUGGGUAAAACCUCAGCACCUAGGACUUGCCGAUCGCAUGGUCGGCGGUUCGAAUCCCUGCGGAGGGGUGCGCUCCCGCCGUUCGGUCCCAGCGCCUGCCAACCUAGCAGUUCGAAAGCACCUCCGGGUGCAAGUAGAUAAAUAGGGACCGCUUACCAGCGGGAAGGUAAACGGCAUUCCGUGUGCUGCGCUGGCUCACCAGAUGCAGCUUGUCACGCUGGCCACGUGACCCGGAGGUGUCUGCGGACAGCACUGGCCCCCGGCCUAUAGAGUGAGAUGAGCGCACAACCCUAGAGUCUGGCAAGACUGGCCCGAACGGGCAGGGGUACCUUUACCUUUACCUUUACUAGGUUUCUUAAGGAUAAAUUAGCAGAAAGUUCGUGCCCAUGGUUAAGAACCUGCAUUUUCAGUGUCUGUGUUGUGGCACUGAUGACUACAUGAGGGCUGGGAGGAGAAAAGAGCAAUAAACAGAUAAUGACAUGAUCACAUUAGCUCUGCUGUAAAAUGGUGGAACUCAUCCAACAGCAAAUUCCCCCUAGAGAGAAAUAUGGCUGCCCUCAUGUACUUAUCAUGCUAGCCAUUUUUUUUUAAUUUUCUGUACAAUGCCCUGGUAGCUUUACAAGGCCAUUAUAUAUGUACAAUUCCCAAGGAAGGGACUGCACAUUAUGACAUGCAAUCACUUCCUGGGAUCAUUUCAAAACAGUUUUUUAGAAAACAAAAAACCGCAGUUAUUAGCUGCUCUAAACAGAAAGAAGUGCCUUUUUGUUUGUUUGUAAAAUGGGCCAGCUUUUUUGUUUUUUCCAGUAUUUUCUUUAAAAUAAAAAUAAAAAUCUUCCGAUGAACGGGAUGAAACUGAGCCAGUUUUCUGAAAGGGCUAAACCAGCAUUAGAUGGGAAAGGGUGGAUCCAUCUGUCCCUGCUGUGAAAAUUCCUUGCAGUAGCUCAGCAUCUGACAUGCCUCUUCAUUUCUGCCAGUACCUGUCUUGAGGCAAACAAAGCACACCCCUCUACUCAUGUAGCAUGACGAAGCCAAGGCUCACUCAAGCCAGCCACUCAGCGGCAUAGUUCAAACACACUUUCCACUAAUCGACAAGGUCCACUUGCAGUGAUCGCACAGCAUAUUGCAUGAAGGUUUUUUUAAAAAAAGAAAAGUAAUGGAAAGUAAUGGAGCCUGUGAGUUUCUACUCUUUCUUUGCAGCAAGUCAAUGUCCACUUCGUUGCUAAGUAGCUGUAGUUACUCAUCUGAACCUAUACUGCUCCUCUUUCCAAUGCCAAUGGAGUUGUUCUUAAUUUCUGCCGUGGCAUCCGAAAGCUGUAAAAGUGUUAAGUACAUCAGUGUUGUGUAUCCUGUCAUGACUUGGCACCUUUGGGCUUUGUCCCUUGUCCCAGGAGGACAAAGGGGGCUGGAACAGUUGGAAACCGUUCUCCUCCCUCCAUCCCUUCUGUUUCCAGUGUGGAGACAUGACUUCCAGCUCCCUCUCUUUCUGAGAGAGAGUUGCUGGAAUAUCGGGAGGGCUGGGGGCAGCAGUCUAGGAUGGCGGAUCAAGGGCUUAUCCACACUUAGCUUUCUCCUCCGCUCUUUCCAGGCGCAUUGUGAUUUAAUGCCCUGUGUCCAAGGCCUCUCUGUGUCUCUCUUUUGCCCUGGAGCUUUCCCUGUGAAAACCUGCUCUUUACAGUUGAAGCGCAACAAUCAGCAAUUCGGGUUAAAUGCAGAGCUGCCUCUGAAGAUGGUUUGGAAGCUUCAGCACUAACAGAAGUUAGUGGCCAGGUUGCUCACAAGGGCAAUAUGGUCUGAGCAUAUUACACUGAUCCUGGCGCAACUGUACUGGCUGCCUGUUAGUUUCCGGGUCCAAUUCAAAGUGCUCGUUUUGACCUAUACAGUGGUACCUCGGGUUACAUACACUUCAGGUUACGCUUCAGACUCCGCUAACCCAGAAAUAGUGCUUCAGGUUAAGAACUUUGCUUCAGGAUGAGAACAGAAAUUGUGCUCAGGCGGCGCGGCAGCGGCGGGAGGCCGCAUUAGCUAAAGUGGUGCUUCAGGUUAAGAACAGUUUCAGGUUAAAUACAGACCUCCAGAAUGAAUUAAGUACUUAACCCGAGGUACCACUGUAAAGCCUUAAACAGCUCAGGACUGCAAUACCUCAAGGACUGCUUCUCCUCAUAUGAACCAAUUCGGACCCUGCACUCAUCAUCUGAGGCCCUUUAUUGUGUGCCUCCCCUGUGAGAGGUCCAGAGGGUGGCAACAUGGGAAUGGGCCUUUUCUGUGGUGGCUCCCUGUUUGUGGAAUGCUCUCCCCAAGGAGGUUUGCCUGGCCCCUUCAUUGCAUAUCUUUAGGCACCAGGUGAAAAUGCUUCUCUUCAACCAGGCCUUUGGCGAAAUAACAUUCUAUGGCCUUUUAAAUGUGCCUGUGGGAGGGGGAAUUAUUGGUUUGUUUUGCUUUUGUUUCUACUUUAUUUGUUUUUUGUGUUUUCAGCUUGUAUUUAUGUUGUGAACCGCUGUGUGGUCUUUGGAUGAGGGGUAGUAUACAAAUUUAAUAAAUCAAUAAAUAAUGCAAACUUGUUGAAUGGAGAUGCCUAGCAUGGUUAUUUUCCAUGCAAUUGUUUUUGGCACAUUCAGAUCAUUGCACACCUAGAACUGUACUGAGAGGUGGAGGAAAAGUCUGGCUGUAACCAGGUAAUAGGAUCUCUACCUUCAGAGCUUGUAUCCAGUAAAGUAGCAGAAGACAAUUGUCACCAUCCUGACUUCCUUUGAACUUCCCAGAGGAAUUUGGGUGGCCACUGUUGAAGUGCUUGAUAAGAUGGACCUGAUCCAACAAACACAAUUAUAUUCUAAAGUGCUCUCCUAAGACAACGUGAGACAUUCUAGCCUGCAGAGAUUUUGGUGUAAUAUAUUGAGCCUUAGAAUUAUCAACUCAGCUCAAAGGACAUAUAAAAGUAAAAGAAAUAAUAGAGGAGGAUGACUGGCAAUUAAUUCAGUCUAUAAAGAAAAAGUCUUUCCCCCUUUUGUUUCUUGCUAUCAUAAUAGCACUGUGUGGGCUUGUGUGGGCUUGUACCGUUGAGCAUGAGAGCUCAGGGAAGGGGGAGAAAAUUCCAACAUCAUUUUUGCUCCGAGCACCAGCAGAGAUUUUCUUUGAGAAGGAUCCAGGGGUCAUGAAAAUUAAACAGUGUAGGCAGGCUCGUCAGUAGGAUUCCUCCCCCUCUCCUAAUGGUAAUUAAUUAACCAAAAAAAAGCCAGCCUUUUGAAACUAGUCCAUCAGCUAUACAAACCACAUUUCCUUACACAUUUUAACCUAUAAUUGCAUUUAAGUGAAAUGUGUGAUUAGUAGAACUGUGAGAUCUUGGCAGGAAAACACGUGUCUUUCCCCCCCAUCCCUCUGCACCCCCAAAUAUAUUUAGUAUUAGCUUGACCUUCUGGACGGGAUUAAAGAGCUGUACGGUAUGUUUUAGCUUGUGGAAUGAGAAAGGGGCACGAGGAAGAAGAAAGCCCAGGACGGAAACAGGGUAUAGCACUUGAAAGUGCUGUGAUAGGAGUUUCAUAGGCUUCUGCAGGGGGUGGAGUGGAAAUACACUGCUUAGCAAUGGAGCAAUCCGUGCAGAAAACUUAUAUAUUCCCCGAUUCAUGUUCCUAUGGCAGCAGUCUUAUUUGUGGAACAAAAUGCUGCAGCCCUGGACUGAGACACUAGUCGUUUUCUUCCACCAAGACUCUUAUCCUGUUCUUUAAGGUAGCUGGAGGAUAUGGUGCCAUGUGUGAGUGAGAGAGAGAGAAUCAGUGUGGAGUGCUCCUUAUCUUAGUGAAAUGUUUGUAUAGUAAUUGCUAGGCUUGCCAAAUUGCUCCUCUGGCCCUUCCUGACUGCAAAACAAUGCUUUUGUACAUUAAUUGUUCAGGGAACCUUGGAGUUGAUCAGUUGGGGAGGGGAAAAGGGCUUUGGGAAUCUUUUAUAAUAAUAAAAAGUACUGUUAAACUAAACUGAAAUCCCAGUUUCAGUUCUGGAGAGCAAGGUAUUUUGUCUUUCCGUGCAUAUUUCUGCAUGCGGUGGUAUUAAAGGUCAUUUUCUUCUGUUGAUACGGCAGCUGUUCACUUUCCCCUUCAACCAACAGAAGUAUGUCCAAAGAUGUCACAACUAAAACAGAAAGGUGUUAGCAAGGUGAAACUGCGUGGCAGCGUUUUCUGGCUUUGUUAAAAUGCUAGCGCAGGGAGGGGAGGUAGAAAAGGAAUGUAUUUAUUUGAAAUGUUAUAUCCCACUCUGAAGUAUGAAUGCUUUUUAGGUUGGCUAACAAUAAUAAUAAUAAUAAUAAUUUAUUCUUUAUACCCCACCCAUCUGGCUGGGUUUCCCCAGCCAUUCUGGGCGGCUUCCAACAGAAUAUUAAACAUUAAAAGCUUCCCUAAACAGGGCUGCCUUCAGAUGUCUUCUAAAAGUCUGGUGGCUGUUUUUCUCUUUGACAUCUGGUGGGAGGACAUUCCACAGGGUGGGUGCCACUACCGAGAAGUGUCCAGGCAGAAGGAUGGGGGUGGAGACGCUCCUUCAAGUUUACUGGACCGAGGCCGUUUUGGGCUUUAAAGGUCAGCACCAACACUUUGAAUUGUGCUCGGAAACGUACUGGGAGCCAGUGUAGGUCUUCCAAGGGUGGGGCACCCAAUAAAACUGAUAAAAAUUGAGCUAAAAAUGGCAAGAGUCAGUAAAAGACUAGCAGAUUAAAACCACAUUCAGUUGGCAUCUGAAAAGAACUGGGGAAGAAAAAAGAAGAAGAAGAAGAAGAAGAAGAAGAAGAAGAAGAAGAAGAAGAAGAAGAAAUUUGCUUGGUGCCAACAGGACUGUAGUGUAUAUUGCAUAAGUGAGGUGCCCCGGCCGAAAUGGCACUCUCAGUUGCUGCAAGCCACCUCAAGGCUACCAGAGAGGGGCUUCUAACACUGGUUAUGUGGCAGUGGGCAGUCAUGCAGUCCCUAGUGUGUCCAGGUCUUUAAAGAGCUUUAAAGCACCACCUAUACUUUGGAACUGGGAGCCAAUGAAAGUGUUUCACAGCCAUCUUAGGUUGAACCAUCAACUGACAGUAACUCCAUGUUGUUUGGAUUGGGUCACCCGCCCCAAAUCUCUCUUUACUUAAGAAUAAUGUUUAGUUAACACGAAGCUCAAAUAACUGAUUUGUCAAAAUUUUUGGCAAAUUUGGGGGGUGAGAGAGAGAGAGAGAGAGAGAGAGAGAAAGAAUGCAGAUACAGCUUUUUGACUUGGUUUUUAAAAUAAGUUACCCAACUCCAGGAUUAGGUAGCAUGCUGUUGUGUUGGACCUGUGCAUUUCUUUAAAAAUCUGACCUUCUCACGGGGUGUUCCUCUCCUUGAGUUUGAGCAUCACGAAUUAGCCAUGCCUGUGUUAGCCUUUGAUCAACACUCUGUUCAUUUAGGUGAGCCACUGAGACUGUCUUUAAUGGCAAUCCACUUUCAUGUCACAUCGGGUUGGCCUUGGAAGUCAGUAGGGAGCCAUAAGUGCAAGCAGGAGACCUUGCAUCUCCGUGCACAAAUGCCUGAUUAUGUGGUUUGUGACGAUACUAAUGGUUUUUCCUUUCUUUGUUUCAGAAAAAAGCAUGGCAGACGUUAAAAACAAUUGUCAAUUUGCCAGUCAUCAGUCCCUUCAAGAAGCGAUAUUCCUGGGUGCAGCUGGCUGGUCACACAGGUGAAAACUUUUCUUGGCUUGACUCUGUACAAAUAGGAAGCUUAUAAUAAAAUGGUUGAUAAAAAUGGAAGGAUUGAAAGGAUUUUGAGGGCAGUAUGCCCCCCUUCUUUACCUGGACACUGCAAACCAAUCAGCCCUAUAUGCCUAGAUUAUCUCUGGCAAGAGAACUGCUUUUUCUAUCUGAUUGUCAAUAUGCUAUGCACUCUGGACCUUUGGGGAUGGGCAACAAGCACUUUCAAAUAAGCAAAUUGAUGGGAAAAGGAAGCAUAUUAAUUGACUAAGUCUGCAUGUUUGUCUAGCAGACAGAUUAUGAGCUGUUUGUGGUUCUGGAGCCAUUCCAGUGUGACCUCUAAGCUUGUAGAAAUCUUGUUAAAAUAAUCACAUUUGAUAUAAAACUGGGUUUUCUCCAGUUGUGCUGCCCAGCAGAAUGGGUUGGAUAGCCAUUUGGGGGGGAGGGUUAUCCCAGAAGUUCUUCCAUGCCCCCCCAAAUCUGCUCCAGAGCCUUGGGGAACCCUCUAAAGUAGAUUUAGAGGGGCACAGAGACACUGUGGGGCAGGGGGAGGAGAGACGUUUUAAACAAUUGUUUCCUUACCUGUUGUGCUGUGAGAAACCUUACUAGUAUCUGCUUAGCAACAUGGUUGGAUAUAGCCCAGUAUCUUCUUAACUUCACUAAUGGGAAGAAAAAUGUAUAAUACACAGUGUCGGUUUUUCUGACAAGGACAAUAACCAGAAGAUUGGUAAGAAAUGCUAGCACAGAGUUCCUAAUAGAUAUGAACCUAGUCUGUUUUGUGAUUUUAAAAAGAAUAAUCAUGUCUUGACUGUGCAGCUUGGUAGUACUUGAUUUGUGUUUUCACUUAUGGCAUGCAAGAAAAGAUUUGUCCAUGAGACAGUUGCUUUUUCUUUGUGAAAUAUCUGGAAUAGAUGUAAAUCAUUUGCAUCCUUCAGGACUUAGCUGUGUGUGUGUGUGUGUGUGUGUGUGUGUGUGUGUGUGUGUGUCUGUCUGUCUGUCUGUCUGUGUCUGUCCAUAGACCUAUGUAGGCUUCUACAUCUAAGUCUGUGGUCCAACCUUACACAUGACAGUUUCUGGAGCCUAAACUCUCAAGAACAAACAAACACUGUCAAGGCCACUGCUGUAAUGUGCUGAAAGUGUACGUCAUAGAGAACGGAAAGGAAAGUUUGGCAGGGUGGCCAGUAAGGAGCUGCUUAAGCAGAUUAUGUUUAAUGUAGUGUUUGUAGAAAUGGCUGAAAUAUCUCGGGCCAAGCUUUUUCUUUAUUUCUUUUUAAAAAAUUGACUUGAUGUAAUUUACGCAUGGUUGCUUUAGCGCUCCUAUAGUAACUGACUGAGGUUAAAGGAAAACAUAAGUCAACAAAGCUAUGUGCAGAGUUCUCUGGAGCAGGAGGCAUUUCCUUAUAUAAAAAUGAAUAGGAUUAAUUGAUUACAGCUCAUUUUGCACUGAUUCCAAGAGAACCCUGUGAAUUCUGAUGCUGGCUAGAGAGAAUUCUACAGUUGCGGGAGCUAACGUGAACCAGCUUACAAUGCAGGAAGACAAUGUAAGAUUCAGGUUCAGCCUUGUUGGCUGCAUUUUAGGGUAUAAAUUUGUUUCAGAAGGCAUUGGAUUAAUAGAUUUGUGGAUUGAUAGAUAUUUGAGUGAAACAAAAACAGAUCCUGACAUUACGCUCGCCUCGACAGUUGUGGAAGCUGCUUCCUCUGUACCUCUUGUCGCAGCCAGCAUCAUUUUGUUGGCUGUGUGGCUGAGACUAGAUUCCUUUGGAGCCUCAGAGUAGUGAAAUUUUGGAGCUGCAGGAUUCCGAGGGGGCUGGAGGAAGAGCGUGUGUGUGCUUGAAGUGCACAACUUGGCUUCUGGACAUGGCUUGUUGGUUAAUGAUCAGUGACUGAUAGCUUCUCUCUUGUGUGCUAAGAGCAGGUACAGGAUGAAGCUCAGUUCAGGACAUAGUGGUAGCAUUGCAUAGAUUUUAUCACUGAAUCUGGCUACCAAAGUAAUAAUGUGGUUUGCCCUGUUAACCUCCUGUGUAGUCUAGUGCAUUUAUGUUUAUAUGAUUAAUGGAGACAACUUUUUCUGUGAUUCCAUCUGAAUGCUGGCUCUGUGUGUGUGUGUGUGUGUGUGUGUGUGUGUGUUUUGACAGGCACUGUUUGCGUUGGGUGUUCUUUUUACAAGGCAUGUAUGUUACUGUUCCAGGAAAGUAUUUCAGCUGGAAGAAAGAGGUGCGGCAGUCAAACUAGGCGGAGAGACCUUUCCCUCCUACCAGACUGAAAGCUGCAAGUUAUCAUGAUUCUGUUUACUGCAGGGAGUUUCAAGGCAGCUGACGGUGGAACGAUCCUGAAGCGCUACUCUGAGAAUGAGGAGAAGUGCUUUGAACUGCUGAUGAAUGACCCACUGCGCUCCUGCGUCCCUGUCUUCCAUGGCGUGGUGGAGAGAGAUGGCGAGUCCUACAUGCAACUAGAUGACCUUCUAGCUAAUUUUGAAGGGCCUUGUGUGAUGGACUGCAAGAUGGGAAUCAGGUGGGAGGCAUUAAACAACAAUAACUCUGCUGUCUCAUUGUGGGCGGCUUGUUGAUAGCUGUGAUUUUGAGGGGAUGGCAGUCUGAUGUUGGGUUGACCCAUCCCUCAACUUCAUGUGGAUUGUGAGCCCCUUCUGCCUUCUGAUGAACGGAUGGCACAUCGGCCAUAUUUGAAUGUCAACGUGAGCAUUAAACAAUGACUUACCACGCAUGAGCAAAAUCAAAUUUGCUUGCGUCUGAAGGAAACAAACCAUGGUUCCUGGCUUAGUGUUACAUUUGAACUAGUAAUAAUACUUUGUUUUGCUGCUAACAAACUGUAGUCAGUAAGCGAAUAACAACCCUUGGCUACAGAUUGUGGUUUGUUUGUUUUUUUAAAAACCACACACAUUUAGCUACACCAGUGCUGCUCCUUUCCCCUUGCCAUGGAUUGUGGCUUGGAGUUCAAAGUCCUGAUAUUGAUUGGUCAGAGUUUUCUUGGAAAUGUGAUGCUAUCUUGAAGAGGGUAAUUAUUUCUCUAUGUAACGAACACUGAGCUCCCUAUACGAUAAAUGGAAAUGGCAUGGAAAUAUUCUUGGGCGUAUCAAAUAAGUGCUCGAUUUGCUAUUAUUUUUGCAGGACGUAUUUGGAGGAGGAAUUGACUAAAGCGCGAGAGAAACCAAAGCUGCGUAAGGACAUGUAUAAGAAAAUGAUCGAUGUAGAUCCUCUGGCACCCACUGAGGAGGAGAACUCACAGCAUGCAGUGACCAAACCACGCUAUAUGCAGUGGAGAGAGACAAUCAGCUCCAGCGCUAACUUGGGUUUCAGGAUCGAAGGGAUUAAGGUGGGACAUCUUCCUUUCCUAAACUAGCUUUCCCUAGCCUCAGCAUCCUAGACUGUAUGUACACCAGAAAGUGCUGCACAUGUGCUGCACAGAUCCAUUUUUUCCCUGUGUGCAUGGGUCAUCCACACACAAGCACUUCAGCUGAACUUUAUAUUGGAAUUUCCCAUUCACACUAAUGGCUGGUGCUUGAUGUAAUGCACCUGAAUACCAGUUGCUGGAAACCACAGGAGGAGAGAGUGGUUUUGUUCUCAAAUCCUGCUUGUGGGUUUUCCAUAGGCAUCUGGUUGGCCACUGUGAGAUCGGGAUGAUGUGUGUUUGUGUGGUACGCAAAUAAAGUAACCUUUUGGAAAGAAGGCCAUGCUUUGGUGUUAGUUGACAAAUGUGGAGGAUGCUGUCAGAUUUUCUCCGUCAAUGAGUGCAAUCCUGGCAUUGCAGAAUGUGCUGUGCUUCUAGUGUACCAUCUGGCAACAGACUGAAAGGAUAUUUUCGCUGCCCUCACAGGCCUGCUGUAGUACAUCACUCCAGAGUGCUGCUGGAUAUCUCUGCCCACGAUGUGCACUGCAGUUUCACAACUUUCUCUUGUCAAGACAUAUACAUUUGUUGUGUUAGGCUGGCCCACACUUUUGCAGCCAAAUAUUACAUGCACAAGGCCAAAUCUGACUCAGAUAGGUUUUGUAUUACAACCCAGAGCAGAUUUUUUUUCAGUUUUCUAGGGCUCUUUUGUAUUGCAUCCAGAAGCAUGACUUAAUAGCAUAGCUUUUUUCAAUUAAGUGUCAGUAGUCGUUCCUUUUAUCCUGCCCACCUUGUUUAUAAUGUACACCAUAUCCUAAAAUACAUGUUUGUAUUAGAGUCUCAGUGAUACUUUAUUUAUUUAUGUAAUGUAUUUAAUACAGUUCUAUCCUGUUUGCCACCUGAGGAGCUUAUGGUUAGACUGAGAGUGACUAGCUCAGGUUACCUAAUGAGCUUCAUGGCUGAGUGGGGAUUGGAACCUGGGUCUUUCCAGUCGUAAUCUGGCACUGUGUAUCAGGGAUGUCAGACUUCAAGCUCAAGGGAUCUACUUUAUGCUUAACUAGAACCCUGAGAUCCACUGACCUGAGCUAGCCAUUUAGAAUUAAAUACAGUGGUACCUCGGGUUACAUACGCUUCAGGUUACAGGCUCUGCUAACCCAGAAAUAGUACCUCAGGUUAAGAACUUUGCUUCAGGAUGAGAACAGAAAUCGUGCUCCGGCGGCAGCGGGAGGCCCCAUUAGCUUAAGUGGUGCUUCAGGUUAAGAACAGUUUCAGGUUAAGAACGGACCUCCGGAACGAAUUAAGUACUUAACCCGAGGUAACACUGUAAUUCAAAGGAAUUUGAUUUGAAUACCAGAACUGAAUGGAGUUCCUUCCUUCCACACAAAAAUCCAUUCCUGGUCACCCUAAGUUUUUCAGAGGAACAGCUUUCAGCUAUAUAACUUGGGAUGAAGCGGGUUCAUUUUAUAGCUGCUGCUGUUGAUACAAUUGGUAGUCGGAAAUCCUUGCCGUUCUACUGCAAAUCACCCAAAAAUCUACCUUCUGCCCUCCCCUGCUCUGCACCACACUGCUGUAAAUUCAGCAGCUAAUAUUCAGGGUAGGGGUGACCAUCCUGAUGGAGUUAGUUCAGCUGCCUCUGAGGAAAAGCCAGCCAGCUUCAACUUUUGGGGAUUCCUCUCCUCUUUGUCCCCAUGCUGGUGUCUUCCCUUUCUUCUUUCCUCUGCGUGCAGAAGGACGUCUUCCAUCUCCCUUCUUUUCAUUCUUUAUAGAAGGCUGAUGGGACUUGUAACACCAACUUCAAGACAACGAAGACACGGGACCAAGUCUUCCAGGUUUUUGCGGAAUUCAUUAAGGGAGAUACAACUAUAUUGGUAAGCUAUACUUGGAAGUUUGAGACUGGCCCUUUGCUGGCCUGGCUCAUUAAAUCUGUGAGGGCUGGUGGCAGAUGAAUAGGGAGAGGGAGCUGUGGACAUUUCCUUACAGGAGGCCAAGGUGUCAUCACUUCCUCCAGAGCAACUGGUAAUAAGACCCAUUAUUUUAAGAAGCUUUCUUUAAUCUGGGUAAAAGGUUGACCCAAUGCAUCAUCUUGGGUGGGGAGAGGUUGGAUGUGUGAUAGUAGACCAACUCCCAGUUUUCUUAGACAUAGAUCUGCUAUCAUUGAUGCUGACUGCAUCAUCUCUCUCUCUCGUUUUAAAAUUAUUGUAUUUUAUAAUUGCUGUAUGUUAUUUUGGAGGCUUAUCUGGCUGAACAGUGGCUGAUAAAUAUUAAUAUCACACUACAAGUAGUACUUUUCCUGUGGUUUUGUGGUAUUCUAGUUGGUCAUAGUUUAAGCAUAUGAAAGGAAGGUAACACAUUGUAUUCUGCAUCCCUGCAGUGAGGCCCUUUGUAUACCAAGAACACAGAUCAGCUCUGAACAUGGAUAUUUGAUCCUCUUACCAGGGUUCCUAUCAGGCACAAAAUCCUUGUACUUUGUAGGCUUUAGACCUCUGACCUCAUUAGCAGAUGUGUGAUGCUGUUUCUUUUCAUUGACAGAGUAACAUUGUUCAGAUUGCAUCAUGGGUCGUGGGGAACUUAGUUUCAUUUUUCCAUUCUGCGUUUCCCACACUCUGAACAGAUGAGCUGAAAGCCUUCAGAGAGAAUAUUACAGAUGUUUAGCUGUCACUAAUUGCCAGCUCUGGGACCCACACACUUGUGCAAUGGGUGAAUUGCAACUUAAAACACCAAAAGAACAUAAUGUGCCCAAAAAAUUGGCUCACGAAACUCCCAUUCUCAGAAGAUUCGUGUUUAUGUUUCUGGUGGGUAGUAUCUCAUAUUACUCUGUGGUAAAGCAGUCUCUGAAGCAAUUUCCUCCAUCUACCAGGUUUUUAAAAUUUUUGUAUGACAGUAAAAUGUUACGUGAUUCAACCCUCCACCCCUUCUUUUCACAGAAAAAAUACUUGAGGCGUCUGUAUGAAAUUCGUGGUGUUCUUGAAUCUUCUAAUUUCUUUAAACGGCAUGAGGUGAGCAGUGGGUGAGAGAGAAGGCCAAGGAGGCAGCAUGUGAAGAAAACAGUGUAGCAUCAAGACUGGAUUACUGCAAUGCCUUCUGUCUCUGUGUGUAUGGAGUGGGGGAAGCUGCCCUUGGGAUUGGUUUGGAAGCUGUUGCAGAAUGCAGGAACUAGGUUGCACAGAGAGGUAACCUACCAUGAACACAUAACACUCCCAUGAAAGGAGCUGCACUAGUUUGCCACUUCAGCUACUGAGCUGAGUUUAAGGUUCUGCUGUUCGUUUAGAAGGCCCUAAGCAAAUUGGGAGAGAAUGAGAGAAUGCCAACACCUCCUAUAGAAACCUACCCACUCCCUGAGGUCAUCAGAUAAUGCUCUUUGCAAGGGAUCCAUCAUUUAGUCAACUAAAGGAGAGUUUUCCCCUCAGAAAUAAGGCAGCCAACUAGAUGGUGAUGAUGAUCAUUAGUAUUCUUCUUUUAUUUAUAUGCCGCCCAUAUGACUGGGCGGCUUCCACAAAAUUACAAAACCACAGUAAAAAACCAACCAUUAAAAACUUCCUUAUACAGGGCUGCCUUCAGCUGUCUUCUGAAAGUCAGAUAAUUGUUUAUUUCCUUGACAUCCGAAGGGAGGGCGUUCCACAGGGCAGGCUCCACUACCGUGAAGGCCCUCUGCUUGGUUCCCUGUAACUUCGCUUCUUGCAAUGAGGGAACUGCCAGAAGGCCCUCGGAGCUGGACUUCAAUGUCUGGGCUGAAUGAUGGGGGGGUGGAGACUUUCAGUGGUCGCUUAAGAUGUUUUCUGACCAUUAAACAGGGUGGGGGCAGCCUGGUAACUAUGGAUGAUGCACUAUUUGGAUUUUUAAAUGUUCUGUCUUUUAUUGUUUGUGGUAUAUUUUAUUAUCUGUGCACUGCUUUGAGGUAUUUUAAAUAUAAACAGUAUUAAAAUGCUCCUGGUAAAUAAAUAAAAAACUUAAGAACAUUAAAAGAGCCUACUGGAUCAGGCCAGUGGAUUCCUCAGUGAAUUUGUUUAAUCCUCAACUACAGGCAUGCAUUGGCCCUAAGUUUAUGACGGGUGGAGUCAGGAGCAGCAAGACACCAGUUUUCCACAAAAUAUCUAGUAGCCUCUCUCUCCCUCUCCUCUGCAGGUAAUUGGAAGUUCACUGCUGUUUGUGCAUGAUGAUAGUGGGCAUGCCAAUGUAUGGCUCAUUGAUUUUGGAAAGACUACCCUUCUUCCAGAUGAGCAGACCUUGGAUCAUAGGAUCCCUUGGCAGGAAGGGAACCGAGAGGAUGGCUACUUACUUGGACUGGACAAUUUGAUCGACAUCUUAGAAAAUAUAUUUGAGAGAUGAGAGGGACUGGCACAAAGUCACUAUAGGACCGCUCAGUUGCUUUUAAUUUUUCCAGAAUCAACACACCCCCUCCCCAGUCAGAGGGAAAGCUUUUAAAAUGUUUGCCAGACUCUGGGGGCAUUACCCUGCUGCAAAAACGAGGUGGAAACUCAGAGCCAGCCUCUGGGAGCCUGGGAAAUCCAGGGUUAGCCAUGAAUGCAAAGGGCUAACUUCAGUUUUAUUGAACUAACACAGAAUAAUUUCUGAACAUUUGGACGUUGGAUCAGGACAACUACUUCCUGGAGGGAAAGUUGCUUGGAGCACAUGGGACGGAAAAUAUUGGAAUUCUCGUCUGAAAUAUCUUCAGAAGUAAUAAGCAGACUUCCUAACCUUCAUGCGGCUGCUGCUGCUGCUCACACUGUUAGAUAGGAAUGUUCCCAUUCCAUGCAUUCACUUGUGUGCCAGGCAGCUUGGAACUUGGCGAAGAAUUUACAAACUCUCAUUCUCCUAUAUAUAUAUUAGUUUUAAUGGUGGUGCAGAAAAGUUUAAAGAUGCGCACAAAGUGCUGUUGAAGCUUCAGAAACCAAAGGGCACCUUGGGCUCCAGGAGCCAGUGCAAGAGUUUUUGUGCCCUACACAACUCUCCAUACCCCUCUGUUCCUUCUCGUCUUCUGCCAUUCCAUUUUGUCGCCAACUGAUUUCCACAAAUUAGUUUAUCUGUGCCAAAACAUGUGCAGCUUGCCACUAAGCCCCUCCCCCAAAUAUCUUGCACACAUCUGCCCUGCAACCCUGACCACAACUGUGCAACAGGUAAGUCCUACUGAUUUUUAAUCAACCAUCCAAAACUCAUCAUGGGCAGAACUGCAGUCUAAUGCAUGCUUUGAUUGGAGCAUGUGUACUAUAGAGGAACCUGGAUCAGCUCUACCUGUUAGAGGAGCUGCCAUGGUAAUAGGGAAGCAGAGGUUGAACCCAUACAAUUCCAAUUUGCACCAAGCUUUGUAUUAGUGCUUCUUCAUGAUUGCUAGCCUCUCCUUUUCUUCACCUGAGACUGUUCAUAAAGCUGUCCAGGUUUUAAAGUGUGUGAUCCAAGAGAGACUUUGCCUUCCAGGGAGCAAGCAGUCAAUUUCAGGGCAACUGAAUUUCAUCGAGGGAGGCCCAGAAGUGACCACUCGUGAGCUGGAAUGCAUAUGACUAUGUGUAGGAUCACAUCUUAGUGACUUGGUUUAUUUAGUAAACAAAGCAAAAACUUAACUAAUUUAGGUGAUAUUGAAAUGUUUCACAUCCAGAAAUCAGAACAACCAGUCAAGUUGCUUGGUGUUGAAAUUACUUGGAUCAGCAGAUUUUUGCAAGAAUUAAAAAAGAACAAUUCUCCCUAUAGAGAUGUACUGGGCACUUGAAACAUUAGGUGCUAAGCACUUCAUUUGGGAAAAGCAUAUCCACUUGGUGUAUGAGGUGAAUGUGCAAAGGGUUAUUUUAGGACUGCUGUGAAGGUGAUAGUUUGCAUAACAGGGAAAUUCUGUGAUAAAAACUCCUUUCCCCCAUUGAAGUCACGUGGAUUGCCCCCCGAUAAUCAUGGACUGGUAUUGCAGAAUGCAUCUCCACUGUUAAACAUUCCAGCCACACAAUUCCAAUAAUCAUGCCAUGCUUGGUUAUGUAUUCGCACGAUUAUUGGCUAUGAUCCAGAGCUCCAUGCAGGCAGACAUGGCAUUCUUAAAGUUGUAGAGGAAAGCAGCCAGUGGCCAUUGUGUGAUGACUGGGUAGUCAUGGCCCCAUGGUCCUAUCUCGUGCAGCCUGCCUUAGGCUAAAUUGUGCAGAAUUCACCCAUGGCAUGCUCCAUAGCUAAAGGUAUAAGGGAUCCCUAGUCUGGCAGCAUGGUCAUGACUUAGCCAGACAUGAAGCUAGCAGUCAGAGCAGCUAGUAGAUAUCUUCCAGCUUUUCAAAUAUUUACCCGUGAAGUUAAUUUUUUAACAAUACCCUUUGCUCACCCAUUCUUAGUAGGUAACAUAUUUGGGCUUCCUUUCCUCUGCCACUUGGCUUGGUGUCAGUUUUGGCAGACUUUGGCAUGAGGCUAAUUUUAGGAGGAGCAACAGCAGGUCUUUCGCUCCCUACAGCCUAACCUGCACUGGCUGUGGAAGGGCCUGCUGAGGGCAGACAAAUGGGUGGACAGUAAAACCUUAGGAGUUUGUAACACACAGCAGAAACGGGCUGCUUCAGCUAUCGAGCUCCAUGCUUCUGCCGAGAAAAGCUUAUUAAAGCAUUGCAAAUUCUUGCCCAACAGGUGGUGGAGGGGAAACCCCACAUUAACAUUCAUUAUGGAAUUCAGAACCAGCAACCCAAGACAGAUGUACUGAUGAUACUCCGAAACAAGCUCCUUUGGCUUAAGCUUGUAAUUAAUUAUCCCCAGGACAGUGUUUUAAAUAUAGGAUUAGCUGGAAAGUCCAUCUAGCAGAGCCAAUAAAGGAUUUAGUUGGGUGCACAGUUCUGAAAAUCAAAAUUGAAAAUAGCAAUUUGUAAAAUAAUACCAGUUAUUGUUCUUUGAAAUUUGUAUUCUAUCUUUAAGUCCUUUUGUGUUAAUAAUGGAAAAUUACUCCUUUAUAUGUUGCUGGUGGUGAUGGGGUGUGUGUGUUGGGAAGGAAGCAUGGAUAGCAGAAGUGGUUUUCAAAUGGCUUCCAUGAUCUGCUAGCCUUUUAGAGUAGUGGGUUGAAAAGGGUUUCUGCGUAGCACAAGAGGUUCGAAGGGGAGGGGAUUUAGAGGUAAGCUUGGAUAUUGUUGCUUGUCAGUUUUUACGUAGCCCUAUUUGUGGGUCACGGUAUAAAAACCAAGGUUUAAAAUACUGGAAGUGCAACACAGCAAGGUGGAGACGUCCCAACAGGUUGCUACCCUACCCUGGGCCAGCAAACAUUUAUGAUGAUGCUCUCAUGUAGAUUUGGAGGCGUCUGGCCUUAGAAUGCAUAUGGGCACUGUCUUUCUCAGUAAUGUAAAUACAGUCAAUAUCCAACAUAGUCAAGGCAAUAUUUCACAGUGGCCUGGUGGAUGUGAGGGAGGGAAGGUCCCAUUGUGCAUGCGGGCUUGACACUAUUGGAUAUCUGACAGCCUCUCUCCACCCAUCUUUGCCAACUCUAUGGCUGAUUGGACUUCAGUGGUUCUUCCCUUUACUCAUUCUCACCCUCAUAGUAACCGCCUGGUCCAUACCAACCAACCAACCCAACCAGCCAGCUGCUGCUGCUUAGGCAACCGCACAUACACAAAACAGGGUCACACUGGUUAUUUUGUCUGCCCCAUUGCCCACUCUUGGUAGCAUUAAAAUCUCCAUCCUUUGCUCCAGCUGUUCUUGCAGCAGGAACACCGGGAAAGUUCCGUCUGUUGCAGCAGCAAAUGCUUGCUUCAGUCUGCUGCAGAUUGGGUGAAAACACAAGAGAGCUUGUGGACUCCAAUUGCUUUUUCCUUAUUUAAAAAUGUGGUUGGUUUUAAGGAGGAGGAGGAAGAGGAGGAGGUGCUAUAAAGUAGCACUUUGCGCUGGAGGAUGUGAACUUUUUCUCCAGGUCUGCUGAUCUGUUUUCUCCCACCUCUUUAAAAUGCAGACUGGAAUAUGCCUACCUCACAGGGCUGUUGUGAGGAUCCGUAAAUUGUUUUAAUACUGAUUUGUGGAAGAAAAGUGCAAUAUAAAAAACUGCAAGGAAUUUGAAUAGGUAUGGAAAGGACUGUUUCAUAGUCCCUUGGAGGAUAUAAAUUUGUGGAAACUUCAGUCGAGAAAAGGCAGGUAUACCUUUUAUAUGCUGUGGGUGUUUCUGCAGGAAAGCUGCUUCUACAAGGAGGCUUAAUAUUGGCAAAUGGGUUGUUUUCAAUAGUUUUUUUUUUUGUUUAAAUAAGUUACUGAAUUUUCCAUGGAAGGAUGAUAAAUCCAGAAGGUGGUGGCGGCAGGAAGUAGGUUGGUAUUUUUAUGCCAAAAUGCCGUGUGGAAGCUGGGAAAAAGCUUGCAUGAGGACCACCAGUCCUACAAUAAACACUUGCCUGGAAGCAUCAUUGAUGAGAAAAUUUCCUCCUAGAUUCUGUGAAUAGACUAAAGCGAUGGGGAAUCUUGUUUUUAAAUAGUUGACUUGGGCUACAUUUCUACUACAAACCAGGAAAAAAAAAAAGCUUGUCUCAUCUACAGAUGAUGUUGCUUUGAACACUACAGUGCAAAAAAAUAUUCUGAAAUCCUAACUGUGUAUAGGUUGAUUUUAUUACUUCCAAAAUGUGCUAUAACAAAUAAAUUUAACUGAAAACAGGUGCCCACUCAUUUAAUCUUUUCUAUUCUUUCUUAAAUGGUGGUAGCUAAGGGCCAAACUUGUCAUGAUGUUAAAAAUAAAAUAAAAAAUGGUGUCUGUGGAGAGAGGUCUGACCCUUCCUAUCAAAUAACAACUUCAAAGGAUGGAUUUUCCUCAACAUAGCAGGGAAGGUAAAGGUUAACUGUGAUUCCAACAAUUGCCAGCUCUUCUUCUUGCUUUUUAAGAGCAUAUGCAAAUUUGUAUUUUUUUAUGGUACAAUAAUAUACUGUGCUGCACGCUGGCUAUACUUUCUUUUGCUGCCAAACUGCUAUUUCAUGGCAAAGGUUGUGUUUUCUGCUUUAUAUGGUAUUCACUUAAGUUCUCAUCAACACAUCUGGGCUAAAAAGAUUGCGGAGAAUUGUGUUAGCUAAUAAGGUUUCGAAAAGGAAUCACACUUUUGGGUGGUAGUGAGGGCAUCAUCUGUCAGUGCUGUGGGAAUGUUUAAUGGUGGAAGAGCAAAGUAACCCUUUUCUUAAAUAAUAAAAUAGGUGUUUGUAACGUUGCUAUCCAGAUGAGGCCAGAGACAAAGAACUUUCCUUUAUUUGAAGACUUUUUUGAGAGGUAAGCUGGAAGGUGCAUGUUAACUGCUUACAGGGUAUUUCUCGCCUCAGUUAGCUUCAGGACUCCUUCAGAAGUGAAUAAAAAAAUGUCACCCUGUUCCUGUAGAAUUGGUACCACUAUUUAAACCAUUGUGAUAUGAU